GUGUGUUUGGGGGGGGCUCUGUCGUGACUCAGCUGAUCAGGCUCGAGGGCUGCAGAAAUCACUGACCAUCUGAAAAUGAAGACGUCAGUUUGACGGGUUCUUCUCCGUCAGAAAGAUGAUAUACUUCAUGGCAUGUGGAGACUCUGCGGCGGAGACGUGAUGUGGCCUCACGGUUUGCAUGCGGUAAACUCGGGGUGUUUCCAGGUGAACGCAGAGGACAGCAGGUUCAGGUAGAUUAUCACCUACAAGGACUGGGCUACAACGGUAAAUCAGAGCUAAACUCCUUUAAUUUACUGCACUUUUGUGUUGUUUCAUGUCCUUAUCUUGCGUGGUUUGGCAGUUUUCCCGGUGCAUUCAUUUAAGCGAGUGGUAAAUAAGCGUGGAUUGGGCAGUUUCGCCACGAGUGUGGUAGCGACGAACUCCAUUUGAAAUGUUACCGAAAAAUGUUUACUCGCUACAUUUGAGAUAAAGACAUAUCAUUUAAAAAAGUUUUAACAUAUUCAGAGACAACAACUUAUUGUGGAAAAAUCGGCAAACAUUUAAAUAAAAAAAUAUAUCACUUUAACUUUAAAAUAAGUUUUUAUUGCUCUAUAUUGCACUCCGAAUCGGCGUGGCGGUGGGCGUGUUUUCCGGUAAAGAAUUGUGUGAAACAAAUUCAACCAUCGUGAGAGUUAGCGGUUUUUUAAAUCCUGGCGGUUUGUUGAAUCAAAGUCCGAGCUCUGAACAUGUUAAAUAUCAGAAUAUUUGUGAGUUAUUUUACUGUUUACAACAUGGCUGGUCCAAAUGGGCUAAAAUUAACACAUUUGUUAAUGGGGUUCGGCCUUAUCUGCUCACCGCAGCUAAUUACCAUACAACCUGUCAAAAAUGGAGACGUUUCUUUUUUACAGCCUGAGAAAAGUUCAUGCAUACUAAAGCCCAUUAAGAUGAACAACUUUUAAUUUAAGGUCCUCACAUUUGAAGCGUUCAGUGGUCUAAAUUAUGCAAGAGGAUCUGAUUUUAAUCCAGACAGUCAAGUUUUAAAUAAAUCAAUUCAAUUCAUACUGUGAAAAAGAACCCUCGUUUUCCCCUUGUGUACAGUAAUGUAAUGUUUACAAACAUAAAAUGCCUCUCCUAUCAAUUAAAUAAUUCUUUGUGUGUCAUGACCCUGCAUGUGUAGUUGUGGGUGUGUUCACUGACAUGUGUUGGACUUUGUAUGUGCAUGGACUUUAAACUGCAUCACACUGUACUUGUGUUUGUGAGUUGCUGUGUACUGUACAUACACAAACAUCCAUUCAUGAAAGUCUGCAGUUAUGUUUGGCAUUUUGUAGUGAUGUCCAUACUGCUGCUGCUGCUGCUUGUGGCAUUGUGUGUAGGCCUACGUUUGUGUGUCCAGUGUGUGAGUGUCCAUGCAGUGAAGUAUGCCGGUGUGUGUAAUGGACAUUACUGCUGCGGCAGCAUUCUGCCUGUUACAUAACAGGUCGUCCUCUGCACCAUCCUGCAGGGCUGUCCAGGAUUAAAUUAAGACUAUGUGCCUCUCCUUGGCAUGGAGGAGUGCUUUGUGUGUGUAAGUGUGCACAUCCCUGCUGCGCCUUAAUGAAAAUACAGAGUACUCUGCCUCAGUGUCAUGAAUAAUGAUCUCUGCCGUGACGUAACCUCCUCUAUUUGAAUUCUGCUUUCCAGAAAGUAAAUUUGUGGCCUUUUUUCAUGUUGUAGUUGAGUAAGAGACAUUUCAUUUGAGCAAACAGAAGCUACAUUAAGCUUUAACACGUCAUCUGAACCUCUACAAGUCUUGCUUUCUGCUCAGCUGUGCUUUCCUCUGUGAUUUAAGUUUACAUUUUUCAUGCAAACACAUUUAAAUCCCUGCUUCAAGUGUGGACUCUUGGAUGGUACGUUUUUCUUGCAGAGUUAUGCAGCCUCCUUUUCACUUUUCACUGAGCUACGAGCAUCAGGUGCCAAGUUUCUGCAAGUCUAAUCCAGAGUGAUUAAGCUGCUGCAGGUUCAUGUGUUUGCGAGAGUAUGUCAUGAUUGGGAUUUUUGUGUGUGUGGUAUUUUAAGGGAUUCCUCUGCACAGACUUGUUUGGAUUUACAAAGCGGCGUCUUGUGAUUGAUGGUCUUAUUAUCUCCAGGAACACACGAGAAAAGCAGCGCUAACCAUAAACCUUCACAUUAAACUAAUUAGUUUACUCUGGUUAUAAAAUACUGUGGUGUUUUGACUUGUCAGAAUCUGAUACAGGUGCAGUUUAAAAUCACUCAUCAGCCGUUAAUGUGGCCGUAUUUGUAACACACACAAAAAAGUAACAGCUGCCCUAAAUUAAACCGGUUUGACGGGCCGAGUUUGGUUCUCAUCUAAGUUUAAAUUUAAUUAUUAGUAUGUGAAGUCACUUCUGCGUGAGCCAAGAGUCUGUGAAACAAAAACAUGGGAGAGCUUCAAUUUCUGGACAGAUGUCAGAUUGUAAACAACUCCGUGAGAGCUGAGAGGCAUUGUGAAAUGUUAAUAAAACUAGAAUUUGCAAAUUAUUUAAAUCCAAUAUAUAAAUAAAUAUGGAAUAUGAGCUGAAAUGGAUGGUUUUAUAAAAUACAUGUGCUCAUUUUUAGUUUGAUGGCAGCUAGUAACGCAUUUCUAAACAGCUCAGGCAGUGACAACCAAACACUGGAAAAGUUGUGUAAUAGUAAAAAAUACCUGGAGGAACAUUUCUGAUCCAGUUAUAAUCUGCAAUUUAUAAGGAUACUGCAGAGAGGCUGAGUCUCUUAGAGGGAAGGGUGGACAGAAAUGUACAACUUUGGGAGAGACUAAAGAGACAGGAAUGGGGAUGUGAGUUACAGUUUCUCAAGCAGGACAGCAUCAAAAAUAGACAGAGCUCUGUAGUGGAAAUCACUCUCAAAAACCACUGCAUCCAUAAAUGCUAACUAAAGCUGUACCAUGCAAUUAGAAAACAUUAAAUAAUCAUAAUCUAGUUGACUUUUCUUGACCUGAGCUGGACUGAGGUGAUGAGGAGGAAAACUUUGAUGUGGUCGGACGAAUCUAAAUUUGACAUCCUUUUUGGAGAUCAUGGCGGCUGCACACCUCCAGGCUUGUUUUAAACAUAAAGGUCCAAGAGCGAGCUUCCUAGAUGGUAUAGGGAUCAUGGCAAAGGUAGCUUAUCUGUGAUGGCUCAAUUAAUGCUGAACAACAUAUACAGAUUUUAAAGCUGGCAUUCAGACUUAAUCAGAGAUGACUUUCAUAUUUCAGCGAGACAAUGACAAACCACAUUUACAGCAGCAUGGUUCUGUUGUAGAAGAGUCCUGCAGCUAAUCUGGCCUGCCUGUAGUCCUGACUUGACACCCAUUAAAAACAUUUGGAGAACCAUGACCCAAAAGUUAUGUCAUAGGAGACCUGAACUGUUGAGCAGCUUAGAUUCUAUAUCAGGCGAGAAUGAGAUCUCCUGUUCUCACACACGUCUACAGAUCUGUUGUCUUUGCACAACUUUCAAACAAAGAGUUCAAAGAAUUGGCAAACUUUUCUUUAUCUGUUAAUUUCUUUAUAAGAUUUGGACUAUUCUUGAACUUAUUCUACAAUCUAGUUACAGUCAUACUUAUUUAUUUUGCUUUUCUUACACGAUAUUUUUCUUUACUUCUGUGGGAAGAAAAACAAAAUGACCUUAUGAGCAUUCGAGACACAGCCUUUUAAUGUCUUAGUGAUGCUCAUUUAAACUCAUUAAAGUAGGUUUCUAAAUUCACACAAAUUGUAGCAGAUGGUGGACACACACACUCCCACCUACUUGCAUCCUCAGUCUGUGGCUGUAGUCUAUUUUUGGUUGUUUUUCAGUCUUUCUCACACACACACACACACACACACACACAGAGUGGCUGUUACUGAGCUACCAAGAGGAGGCAGCCAGUGCUCUGUCUGUGGAUCCAUUCAACCCCUGCAGAAAGAAAUGUUAUUUACUUGCCAUUUAAAGCCGGAGCUAUUUUGAUACUUAUGCUAAUGACUUCAAAUUCUUGUAUGUGAUGGUGCAAACUUUAUUUUAUCCAUCAAUCCUGCUCUGAAUUCUUCAGUCGUGCAGAUUUAUCAUCAGCCCUGCAAAGAAACAUCACGCCCACCGAUGCAAACAUCACCUCAAGAGAGUUUUAAUAUUGAUUUCUGCAUCUUAGAAUUACACUUAAAAAUCUUAAUUCAGUCUCUUGCAUGAAGGAGUGACAACUUUUCAAUUUAUUCCUCAGUGAUGUUUAAUUUAUUAUUUUUUUGUACUUGCAAAUAAUCCAGUAAAGAGCUGCUCUUGUGUGUUAAAGAGCAGCACACACUUUUUCUCUCACACACAGACAGACACACACUUUUCCCCUCACACUUCCUGUGUCAGACGGGCAGGAAUUGAUUAGAGCAUCUAUUUCAGUCUGAGUUUCCAAACACCAGUUGCAGAGAGAUUAUCUUAUCUUCUGCUGCCACGGUCGGACUCAGAAUAGUUACUGCAGCUUUUGAUGCAUGUUUAUUUUUCUGUCUGAGUGGUACACUCAGAAAACUACCACAAGUGCCCUCAAAAUACGAACAAGUAGGGAGAUGUAUCGAGCAAGUUUAAUCCAGUUUUUCACCAAUUUGGCCGUCUCAGACAACAACAAAAGCCAAAAGUACGAGGACGUAACCAAGGGCUUAAUUUGAGCAGUUACAGAUUGUGUGUUUCAGUCAAGUUGUGAAAAUUAUUGUACAGAAACUUAAAGUUAUUCUGGCAUUGAAAAAAGUGCUGCUUUUAACAAGGCUGAAAAAAUACCCCUUAUUUUCUCUCAUUCACCAUAAAGAUGGUUAAUUUAUUAGAUAUCCUGUGUUUUGAAUUAGAUGCUUGCAGGUGUUUCUUAAUGCAAAAUUGGAAACUACAGGCAUUAAUUGGUUCUGCUCCAACCGCAUGCACAGCUUCAAUCUAUAGUAUUGGUAAUGACAUGUUAGAGUUUGAAUAAGCAGCUUUUUUCAGCUGUAGAGAAACUGUAGUGCUAUGCUCGGUGGGUUUAUGGCAGCAAUGCUAACCCUGGACAUGAUCUAUUCCAGGUCUGGUGUUAAUUAUUGGUUAACUUAUUUACAAUGUGUAAAGUGAGCCAUUUUGAACCCAGCUAAAACUCUGGCUUCAGGCUUGGCAGACUUCACUUACCCAUUAACACAUCACUACAUCAGUCCUCAGGUAUGCCAUAUGUUUUUUUUAAGGUGUUUGCACAUGCAUUAACUUUUGGCACGUGCGUACAAGCAGAAACACGCCGCUGUGUGAAAUUCUUUUUGCAUUAUGUGUCUUUGCUUUUCAAUUAAAGCCAAUUACAUACAGGAGCACUGACAGAGGACCAUUUUUAUUCAAGUGUCUCCAGGGCAACAGUCUGCAAAGUAGAUUGUGUGUAGUGCAUACCUGCACCAUAGACUGCGUGAAAAACAUCAAUGUAUGUGGUUUUUGAAGAGGCCUUUUGAAGCUCAACCAUUUUAAAGUCAUAUUAUAAAUGUUCACUUAAGUCAACUUUCAUUUAGCUACAAUAUACCCAUCUGUCGGUCAAAUUAGCCAUGCCGCUAAUUAUGCAAUAAUGAGGAAAAAAAAGUUUUCAUCCGUGCAUUUUUUAAGUAUUUUUAUGAUGUUUAGGGAAAUUUUGCCUAAGACCGUUGGAAAGAGCGGUCAGAGAGGCCACCGGGACCGGGACCAUAUGGAUCUAUGGAUCACUUGGACUGCUAGGCCAUCGGUUCCCCAUCCCCUGUUUAGUUUUUGCUGAUAAACAAAAACUAUAUAAACCUCACACUACAAAAAGAUUCAUGGACCAGGACAUAAACAUGUUUAUUUCUGCUGUAAGAAUACGCAUUCUGACCAUGUGACAUCAUAUUAAAUAAAGCUACACCAAAUUGCAAAAAACUGCAGUUCCUCAAGUGUCCACUUGGGGCUGCACCAAAAGUAAACAAAACCCAAAUAGGGCCCAUAUUAAAAUGUCCAUUUUCCCACAGAAUGCUUACAAACUGGCACAAAGUAAAGUAAAGGUCUCAGUAGCUCAUCCUGUAUACAGUACAUCCUGUAUGAGGAGAAUUUUUCUACCUUAUUUAUUUAAUCAACAUAAAUACUGAGAUUUCUGAAUACAUUCACAUAUAAAGGAGGAUAACUGAGUGGAUGUGUAGAUGGGCAUGUUGUAGCUGAACUUCUAACAGUUUCAAGUGAAUUUUGACCUUUUUUCUAGUCAUAUGGGUUAUCAAAAGUCAAGCAGAGUCAGCAUUUACAACAUGGCGACCACCAUCCUUGGCCUCUUCAAACACCAAUGGAUAACAUCACUGAGACUACGUCCAUGUUUGAAUCACCCAUAACUGUAACAUGUUCUUUAAAGGGUUUUUGGGGGGCUUUCGGUGCCAGCCGCUUGGUCCAUACCCACUUGUAUCACCUCUAAGCCUUUACACCCUCCAGGAGCUUAGGACUGGGCCCAUGGGACCAUAAUUGCUUCACUCAUGAAAGGUCUUUUGUUAAGAUUCAAAGUUAAUCUCAUUAUUGUGCUUUGCAUUAAUUCAACAUUUUUAGAAAAGUUGGAGUUGAUGAAAAAUCAGUUAUCAGUGUUUGUCAUCAGGCAAUUUCACAAUUUCCAGAUUUAAUAGGCAAGUAGAAAAAAUCUUUCAUUUUUGUCUUUCUGUGAGCUAACAAAUCUGCUUUUCAUGUAUGUAGGUUAAGAGACAUAUUUUCCGCUGUUCACUCACGCACAGUCAAGUUAAAGGUUACGGGUUUACUUCUCUAAGCUGUAGCAUGUGCUGUGUAAUGACUUCUAGGACUUGAUUCCUCUUAACUUUCUUUGUUUUUUCAGACUCUGCACAGACUCACUUAUUUCACACACUGCAACCACGAAUACACUUAAAUCAGGGACUGCUAGAAGCUAAUUCUAUGUACUGUAUUUGUGCCAAAUUGGCUUAAAGUCUUGAAAAAAAUGGAAGGACUUGAAGAGGAUUCUAGUACAUGAAAGUCGAUUUUACAUUUUCCUCACAGAAGUUUUCUUUUUUCAGUUACUGUUUUCCUUAUCAAAGAUGGUUAGAGUUCAGUAUCUUCUCAAACUUCUCACAUCUGUGCCGGCUAACCCUCAUUAUUUCCUAAUCAUUAUUUGCUUGAACAGUCACAUUUUUUUGCGACAAUGCCAACAGGCUUAAGUGAAACGUGCCGGACUACUUUCCUUCUUAAUUAUAACACCAACACUAACAGCCAGCUGUCAUGAGUUGGACUACAGAUAUUAAAUGUAAAUGGAUAACUAGUCGCUGAUUUUUAUUUUGAUUGUUUCAUGGUAUUUCUCCGCAUUUUUUAUAGGAUCUAAGAUUAAGGGCCAAUCCCAGUUGUACCCCUUAGCCCUUGGUUUUGCAUGUUCACGUCAAGCGAAGGGAUUAUCCAAUUUUCUGUAAGCUUAAGGGGAAACGCUAAGGCUAAAGAGUUACACAGCCCUUGAAAUUAAGACAAACCAAGACCUCACUUGAAGGGGAUGGGGACGAUUUUAUUUUUUUUAUGUUUUUCAGUUUUUUGUUUUUUUUUAAUCAGAUAUUCAAUCUUGGCUACUCCAUGUAAAUAUUAAGCUUGUUAUAACAAGCGAGCUAACGAGGCUAAAGCUAAUGUUAACUACACUGAUGUCAGACAAAUUCAUAGCAAAUGGACUUUACCAUGAUGUACUACAUUUCAUGACUGUUUACACAGAAUAAUCAGACAGUUAAACUACAUUCAGUGCUAGAAGCUACAUUAGCUAAUGUAGCUUCUCACGUGCAAGCUACAUCCUCUUGUAUGGGUAAAAUACUGUGUUACAUCUUUGCGUUACAACAGUAGGCGUCCAUCUUGGCGUCCAACACUGUAUACGUCUCGUUUUUAAGGGGCGUGUUUUGCCAAGGGGAAGGGGUGGACAAAGAGGCUACAACGAAGGGGGAAGAGUGACAGUUGGGAUUGGGCCUUACUUUGUUUUAUUGAGUAAUGUUGACUGUAAUUUUUCCACACCAUUUGCAUUGAAACUAGUUUUAUUAUUUAGGUACCAUAAUGAACAGAGAUCCAUUGACUCCACAUUUAUAAGGUCAUCUUGGGUUAAGGUUUAUGGUUGUUUGAGGAAAUAAAGCUCUUUUGUUGGAUAAAUAGAGAACAACAGUCAAUACUUGUAUGCCAGUAAAAUAAUCUCUGGAAGCAUGCUUCUGGAAAUAAUCUGAUGCUGUUUUCACAAGUUUUAUAAGCAUUCAGUUGAAAACACCAGCUCCCUUUUGUAGCAUAGAAUCGCUGAUUAAAACUCGUCAAAAGGAAUAAUUUUUUUGACAAACUGGGAUGACAAAACAGUGACUGGUUGGCUGAAUAAGAGCAGUCCGAGCCUGGAUAUCCAUAAAUCAGUAAAAACCCUCUUCAAAAAUCAUGGACAGCCAGAGUUCAGUUCAUUGUUUAGUGUGUCAGUCUCUCCUUCACAUAUCAUAGUGACGGACAUGAAGUCAUCUCGUUGUCCCCAGUGGGCUGGUGGAUUGCUCAAUCACCCGUGUUUAAUCGGCCACCGCUAUUUUCAAAGGGGAGUUGUUGCUGCAGGGCGUCAGUGGAGUUCGAGUGCCCACUUGAAUUAUGCAAUCCCUGUAUUGACUCAUACUUUGGCUCAUAGUGGAGUCAUGUUCAUGUUCGAUUGUGAUCUGUGGCCUCAGGAGUGAUCUUGACACUGUGGGGUUCGAUAAAAUGAAGUUGCUUGGAUUUUCUCUGCGUCAGAGCGUUUCCAUGGUGCUAAAAAAACUUAACUCACACUUUAUCACUGAGAUCUGGAAGCAGUGACAGUCAUUUAGGACUUAAACAUGCAAUAAAAGACGAUUACCUCACAGACCUAACAUCCAUUGUUGAUCGAUAUCAGGAACUUAACCAUGCUUAAUCCCUGCUUGAUUCCCAAUCCACUGGGCACCUGUGCCGAGUCUUAAAUUUCACAGGUUGGCAUUGGUCAAGUAGGGAUAAAGCUGGUGAUUAAAUGUUGUUACCUUUGCUAGCUAGCUCCAGGCUAACUGGUUGUUCUGGCUAAUAACCUAUUAUAAAAUUAUUACAGGUCAUAUAUUGUGUCUAUUCGAUUUCUUUUACGAUUAUGGCUUCCCACGAUCCAAUAAAUAUGAUAACAGAGGCUGAAUAAUAUUGAGCUGUCUGCUGUGUUGCGCCACUCUAUCCUGAAUGUUGAAAAUAGUCCACUGUCCUUCCCCUCCUUAACAGCAGAACGUGAGCCCUGAAACAUAAGGUAACCAGUCAUCCCCCUAUUGGAUGACCUGUCCCCGGCUACAGCUGUCAGCUGUCCCUGGAAAUGGCCACGAUUCAAGCGUUUCAUGAAUGAGAACAAUAAUGUUGUGCGCAGUCCUGAACAACAGUUUUUACGGGGGGUGUGCGCUGCUACUCAGUAGUACUGAGAUGUUGUCUGUGAUCACGCAGUCCAUGCUCCCCACCCCGCUCUGAAUGUCCCUGGAUUUCAUUCCAGAAAUCUGGUCACCUUACUUAAAUAGCUUCACUUUUCUUCAAUAAAAGCAGCUCAGAUUAAAAGUUGCAGCUCCAACUAAGACUAAUGGUAUAAGACUAACAAAAUUAUUCUCCAGUGCUUUUUAUGCCGUCUGUUAUUUAUUUAAACCCUAAAUUAUGUAAUAAGUAUAAGUUAACAAUAAGUAUACCAUUGCAGAUUUUGUUUUUUAAUGGCUUUGACAUGUUUUUUUAACACGUCUUUGUGUUUUCUGAAAAGGUUGCGGUCAGUUCACUUAUUUCUGUUAGUUCAGGUCGACCUCUCUGCAGAAUCGGUCGUCCUUGCAUCCUCAGACGGUUAGGGAGUGACAGAUUUAGUACAGAAAUCAGGGCCAGUGUAACGUUGUGUGUGUGUGAGUACAUGUGUGUGUGUGUUCCUUACAGUGUUCCUUCUGUCCUUGUGAAAAACAGUUUUGAACCAUUUUAGCUGAAAAGAGGUGUAAUAGUAUUAUGUAAAAGUCUAUGACGAUUAUGAUGUAGAAAAAAGAGGACCACCGGUGCCAGUCUAAUGCUUGGAUUGAGGCUCUUAGCCAAUCCACUUUGUUAUUGUUCAGACUAUUGGCAGGACAUAAUGUAAUCUUGCUUGGAUUGUUCCUCUUAUUAGCUCACCAGGACCUUCCUCCUCCUCCUCCUCCUCCUCCUCCUCCUAUCGUCCUCCCCAUCAGAUUACAUGGCUUGCUUUUCCAUUACACUCAUUGCCCCCUUUUCUCCUUCAGUCCAAAACCUCCCUCUCUGUUUCCCCCUCAGAUUCCUGCAGCCAAUAACAGGGAGGGGGCUCAGCGCAGCUUAGCGACAGCCAACCCCUAUGGACCGGGCAGGACUGACCCCUCCUUUUUUUUCUACCAGGAGGUGGAGGGCGGAUCCUGACCGGGGUUAGGUUACCUGGCAGAAACACACCAGCUCUCUCUGUAAACACAGACUUGACUCUCCACUCCUACACUGAACCUUGAGGGAGGUGUGUGUAAACACAACUCAAGCAUGUGAAUUUCCUCUUGGUCGUCCUUCAGAAACGAAAUCAGAUUUCCUGUGAGGAGAUUUUAGCUGGUGAAAACUGAUGCCUCUAUAUGACUUUAAAAGGAACCUAGACCCUGAGUGUAAAGACUAUCCACUAAAAUAUGGUCAUUUUUAAACAGUCAGAAGAAGUGCCUCGUAGAAGCCCACAAUUUCCACCGCUUCCGGAAUGUGUACGAAAAGGCAGUAUCCACCGAUCAAAGUUGAUCAGAACCAUUCAAGUUAGUCUGGCGAUUUCCACCGGCUUCUCUCUGCUGAUCGCAAGAGUUCUAUUUUUUCCGGACGCCAAAGCUUGCUGGAUAAAUUCAGCACAGAUUAACCCGUGCUGGAAAGGAAGUCGGACACAGACACAAAAUAAAACAUCCGGCUUCUUUUCAAAAUAAAACACUCCAUGUUUUAGGGGGAUCGUAUUUCACACCAUGUAAACGGAUGGGGACGAACAAAUGAAAGGUUUUCAGACUUCAAUUCACUCCGUUGACACCAUGGUUGAGGAGAUGCUGAUUCUAAAAGUCUAGACGUAGAUUUCCUCCUCUGGAAGGACACAAUGUACUGUUAAUAUGGUUAUGUGGCUAUAGAGAUGACUCGUUAUCGCGCGAUUGCAUGUGAAUCUGCGGGUUCUUGUGAGUUCUUGUGAGUCCUGCUGUCCGUAAUCCACCUCAUAGACGAAUCCGGUACCAACACAAUUGACUGCUGGUGUUGUAAAGCAGGCUGUUAAAAAUUGCCAGCAAAGUUCUGCACAAUCUCUAACUAGCAAAAACAUUUAUCGGUGCAAAACUUUGGAAAUAGAUCCAAGAUCUUGUACAAAAAUGUUCAGUAAUGCUCUCUUCAUGGAGUUCAAAACUCUUGAGGAAAUUUUUAUUUAGGAGUCAAUGUUACUCUCCGAACUGUUUGGGUUCCUGCUGUGCAGACCUGAACUGACUGUAAGGGAGUCCAGGAAACCAGAGCUCUGGUGAAAGAUGACAGCUAUGAUGCUGUGAUACUUGACUACCCGGAUGUUUACAAGCACAGGUAUGAGAUGAAAUCUUCUUAAACAUCUUACAACUUCUUCAAACUGUCAAAAAAGCACCAUGAACUAGGCUUGGAAGUGAAGUAGAAGUGUAAAGCACCAGUGCUUGGUGUCGCUCAAGGACUCUCUUUCACUAUGUCAAUGUCAAUGUCACGUUUAUUUAUAUAGCACAUUUAUAGGACAGGCCAGACAAAGUGCUUUACAGGAGAAACACAUAAAAUAAUAAAAGCUACAAGUAUGGCAACAUUAAAAGGGAAACAUACAAAAACAAAAAUAAAAGAAAAUCGUACGCGAGUAAAAGCAAGUGACAACUCAACCAAAAGCUAGGGUAAACAGGUAGGUUUUAAGGUGCGUUUUGAAGGAGGUGAGGCUAGUGAGUGGCUGAUCACUGUCUUCUGAGUGAACUACGCUCAUGUUUCUGUUCAUGAGUUGCAAGUUGAGCUGCUCAGUCCAAAGUAUAACAGCAUUCACCGCAGCCAAGAGUCAGACUCAGACAGGAGCUCAGUUCAGGCAAACGAGGGACAUGUUUGUCCACAGGGGGCGCCAAAGUUGACACAGAAUGAAAGUUUGAAACUUAAGUAAAAUGAUGGUUACGACCUUUGGAAGAAUAUUUCAUUUUCUGAUUUUCUCUUAUGAUCUGCUUUUUAAAAAAUGACCAGAAACCGACGUCCACAAAUGGUCGAUUAAGAUUUGUGGUCUUUGAUUGGUAUGUUAGGAAAGUAUGUGUGUGAGUCAUAGUGUGUGUGUGUGUGUGUGUGUGUGUGUGUGUGUGUGUGUGUGUGUGUUAGUGAAGGAAUUUUGUUUUCUUUUUGCUUCAUUAUGUCCCAAAAAAACAGGAGUUUGCAUCAACUCAAACUGCCCCACACGUUGUUUCCUCUUACCGCAGGAGCACGCUCGUGUUUCAGGACCAAAAAGGGAGGUGCACCCCCCCCACCCCACCCCCUCCUCUCUCACUCUCCCCUGUCUCGCCCCUCCCUCCCUCUCUCCACCACCGUCACAGCCUGUAUAGUCCUCUCUCGCCUGAGCUCACACUUACACACAGCAGAGACGGGAUAAGGUACGGCACAUGAACGUGCAGUGCGGUAUUACAGCGUACGUGUGUGUGAGCGAGGAGGUGGAUCCUGUGUGUGUGUGUGUGCGCGCAUGUGUUUGUGUGUGUGUGAGGAUGGCAAGCCGAGCCAAGUGCAUGCCAGUGUGAGGAGAGGAGUGUGAGGGAGCUUCCAUAAUUCCUGCUGGAUGUUUUUGCGGCAUUGCAGCCCGAAAGAGAGGUGACACAGAAGUAAGUUAUGGUUUUGGCAACAGUUAUAGACUGUAUCAGCAUGGUGUGUGUAUGUGUGUGUAUGUGUGUGUGUGUUUUCUCUGCUGCAUAAAUGUGUAUGUGUCAUGUGAGGGGCAUAGGUCUUCUGGGAAGUGAGUGCACUUUGACUUAUUGGCUGGUGCAAAACAAGUCAAUCAUUUAACAUUAACUGGCGUCAUGGUUGAUCAUUUGCGGCAGAUUUACUGAGAUUAUUGAGCAAUUAUCUGUUUUUAUGUCAAAUUGUGUAACUGUAAAUUCUGUUUUAUCGUUUUAUGUGCUUUGUUUUUGACUUACUGCAUUGUGGAUGCUCAGUUUUUUCAGUUUCGAAAGUUUUUGCGUAAGAAAAUUCUGGAGUUUGUUUGCAGGACUAAUUCUUGAACAUUUUGUCUCAAUAGAAAAACCUUCAUUGAGAGAAUCGUGUGUAUUAAGCCGUCUUGGGGUCUUUCCUCUGUCCUCUUUGAAGAUGUGGGUUUGAUGACUUCCAGAUGCUUUGUUGAGAUGAUUGCACGUGAAACUAAAUCCCUCCACAAUGUAUGCACAUACAGUCGAAGCAUUGUUUCACCGAGCUGCAUGAGGUGGGUUUGCAGCUGGCUUUGUUCAAGCACCACAGUUAAAUUCUUUCAGUAUGUAUUUUGUGAAAUCUAUGAGCUUAGACACCGUAGCUGCAAAUUCAGGGGAGCAAAAGUACAUUUUAAAUGUUGAAAAGUCAUCUUAUCGUCUUUCAUUUAAAGACAAAUGUCUGAACUAGAAGAUUUUGAAAUGGUCCUAGUCUAAAAGUGAUGGGGAAACAACAUUUUAGGAUGACAUAACCUGCUCCGAAUGAAGUUCAGCGGGCCGAGUCGAGCCGUCGCUGUUCCCAGAGGAGGAUCAGUCUGUAUAAACAGGAUCGUGAAUACAGCCGUGAUAGAUCUAACAGGUCACACACACACACAGGCAGAGGGAGGCCUCAUCGGAGUAGUUUAGUAACUUCCACAUGUCAGUGGAAGUUCGGAAAAGUCCAGAGUUUGAUGGAUUUAUUGUUUAUAUUUUAAAGUAUAACCAGUUUAAAGAAAAGCUCAAAAAAGAGGGAGAUGAGUGAGGUCGAGUAGUGCGGGAAUUUUUGUUUCAUGGAGUAAAAUGACUGUACGGCUCAGACUGUGGGAACAUUUCUGACCAUGUAUGGAUGGAUCACAUGUCCUGGUUCUGUAUUUCUGUAUCUCCCUCUGCCUCACAGCGGAGCCCUUUAAAGAGCAGUACCAUACUGUGCUGUUUGGUUAGAUCUCCAUUCAAAACCAGUAUCAUAAAAUAUGGCAAACACUCAGGGAUGUGAUUAUUCACAAAUUCCCCUUUUGGAUCCCCUUUUUUUGGGAUCUCCAUGAGUGAGAAGUAUAAAAAGUUUGGGUUUGCCAUCUUACAGCCAUGAAACAGGCUGUAAUGACUGUAGUGUAACCUUUAAUCCACUGGAAAUUCUUACAUUUUGCCACCAAAAAUGAUCUUAAUGUCUGUACAUAGCAAGAAGUUUUUGAAAGUUAAGAAAUUGACCCCAAAAAAGUAAAAAAAUCUCUUUCAGGCCGACAGACUCCUGACAGAAAUGCUUUUUCCUGGCAGAAAACAGAAGCUGCUGGUCGACCAUUUCCUCAGUAUCUCACUUUGUUGAAAUGGUUUUUGGGAUCAGAGGCAAUCCUUCAAAAUAAAACAACAACUGUGUUCUUUUUCCACUCUUAUUAAAAAGAAAAAAGGUCCAUCCCUGUACAGAUCCCUGUCAGAGACUCAACCAUUGAUAAUGUCACAGCUAUUACAGCCUGUUUCCCUGCUGCUGCAUGACUUGAUCUGUGGCGUCACCACUGGUUUAAACUUGUGUUUUGAUUUUUCUUAAGUACUUGUUUUGGUGCACAACUUCCCCAAACACUAGUGCAGCCAGGCUGGCGCGUUAAAAGGUAUAUACAACAAAGUGAUCAGGUUAACCUGUCCCCUUUGAUUCAGAUGCAACAGGUCUGCCUGCUUGGAGGGUUCGGGUUUAAUUGAUGAUUUAGGGUAUUCACACACCGAGGCAGUUUUUUUUUCACCCCUAUGUUGCAUUAAUCAUGUCUGCACACUAACUUGGAAACAUUUGCCGAUUGUGACAACGGUAAAAGAUUAGUUUGGGACAGAAAGUAGUGGUCUUUGGUUUCAUUUUUGGCUCCAGUAUCGCUGGAAACAUAUCAAGCGGGAUCACUGACAUACUGGAAUAUACCUGGAGAUGAUUGGGUCAAUGCCACAGCCUCUCAAUAAUACGCCUUACUGACUGAACUUUUUAUUGUACCUGCAGGAGAAGGAUGUGCAGAUGCAUGCUCAAAAGGCUGCAGUUUUGUCCGUCAUGGCGUCAGAUUUUCACAUCAGGAUUAUCAUGGGUAUAAAUAUUGCAAUUUCAGAGUUUUAAUACAAAACUUGGCUUCAAUGUCAUGAUCCAUAAAGCAAUAUUCAAAUUUAUGAGUUAUUAACAUCCCUGUGACUGAAAUUUAUUUGGAGAAGAUCCUGCCCCAUAAAAAGAUUUAAAUACUUUUAUUUUGGUAUGUGUGUUUUCGGUCUUGGUUUCAAUCCUAAAUUGUCGAACCAUGCUUUUAUUUUGAAGUUCACCUGCAGAUUGUAAAUUACAGGACAGAAUGAAAACGGUUCAAUUCAUUAGCAAACGGAAGAGGUAGAAGCUCUAAUGUGGUUUUAUGGAUUCACAAUAAAUCUUUUAAUGUCUGCAAAAGUGCAGAAUCAUCUCUCGGAGAGUUGCUUCAUCUCUCUAUAACAGCUGCUGCUUCUUUAUCUGUCCUCUGUUUUAUGGCCACUUUAGGUAUUACCGUAAACUUAUUUUCAGAACAAUAUCAAUAUUUUUCCUUUUUUGAAAAGUCAGUUAUCCAAACCUAACUCGUGAUAACUAAAACCGUAUUUAUUUUGAUUAUUUGGAGGCUAAGGGGUCUGCAUAAUGAGGCAUAAUUCAGGGGUAACAUAUUUGACUGACAGAUGUGCGUGUUGUAGCUGUUUGACCGGCUUUAACUCCACCUCUUAUUUGCUGGUAGCUUGUUACAGUUACAUGGCUCCUCUUUAGAAAUCAAUAGUAGAUGUAAUUAAGACUACAUACAUGUUUUAUAUAGAUUUUGAAAUGUACAAAAAUGCUGAAAUCCCCCUUUAGUUCUGCUUCCUAUUAACUUCAAUGGUACUUUGUGUUUUGAUUGUUGCCUCACUGGAACUAAACGUUAACCACCACUUAAGUCCAUCACUGCUAAUGAAGCUACAGUUUACACGAGUCCUCAUCCAUGGCUAUGCAUUGAGGUAUUGAUCCGUAUAGGAAGAGAGAGCUUGUUAUGUAACAGCUCGAUCCACCCAGAACAGUUUCUGAUUGGCCCUGCUCCAUCAGCGCCCUCACCUCCACUCCCUAUAGCAUUAUCACUCUUCAGCAGGACUGUGACGCCACAGCUCUGUCUGUUCCUGCAGUUUCAGAGCUGCACCUUGAUGCUGGUCUGCUGCAGCUUUACCCACAUGGUACCCUGCUGCUCAUGUUAUUAGAUAACAUACUAACAUGAAUAUGACUGUAUCACUUUCUCUUCCACCCUCACUCUUGUAUCACCACUUGUGUGUGGAGGCUGACGUCAUACUAACUCUCACACACACACUCGCACACACACACUGUCAGCAGUGUCACAUCUCCUGAUGCGACCUUGUACACUGUGUUUGUGUUAUGUCAGAGUAGAAUAAACUGCAGAUGCACACACACAUACAAACACACACGCACACAUCGUCUGUGUCUGUAGGCAGUGAAAAUCCUGACGGCAGAGUGACAUAAGUGUGUUGUCAUACCACACACACACACACACACACGCACGCACACACACACACACACUGGCAGUAUCUUCUCUCAGAAUGACUAAGCAGUCCGUUUAUCUCCAUAGCAACCACUUCUCUGUGUCGGGGAUGUCCAUUGUGUGUGUGAUGCAGUGAGAGGAUAAUGUUAGCACCCCUCUCAUUGUGUGUUAUCAACCUGCUUGUGGUCAUAUUAUCAUAACCGGAGUGAGUGUGUGUGUGGGUGUGUUCAGUGAUGCUGUUGUUGUGUGUGUUGCUGUAAAAAGAUGCAGCGGUGACUCUCAGCCAAGUGUGUGUCGGAGGGAAAGGUGAGCCUGCUGCCUCCUGCCUGUUAACAAGCUCCCUGAUUGGCCGUUCGCCCGGCUGUAACAAAAACCUUCAGCACAGAGCUGCAGGCUUUCUUUCACAUCAUGAAUAAAACAAACCGACUGGAAUCAGUUCAUGAGAAUUUUCUUCAAAAUCCAAAAAGAUUGGAAAUAUUUUGGUGUUCUCUGACAGGAAAUCACAGCGCUGACGUAUGUUAUUGAAAGUAUUGUGAAAGCAGCUUGAUGUGAGCAGCACUUUGGUCCAGGACAAAUUACCCAAAGGGAACAGUGGAGUGAACCAUGUUGGGUUGUGUUGUAUAAUAUCGCUUUGCAUUGUGUUGUCUUGUAUCUUAGCACAUCAUAAAGCACCAUAUCAUUUGUCAUAUCACAAUGCAUAGUUUAAAUCCUGUAAUCUUGUAUUGCAUCAAAUUGAAAUGCAUGUUGUAUCAAAUUAUCUUAUUUCAAUAUAUCCUCACCUAUGGUGUUGUAUUGAAUGUUAAACCAAUGUGCCAAUGCCACAUAACUAUUGUUCAUACAGCAAAAAUAAAUGAAGGGAUGGUUGCACCACAUUUAGCAAACCUCUCAUUUCCAUCUGUAGUCCCUCAUGAAAGUGUUGUAAGAAACUUGACAAAAAAGAGACAAAACCGUUAACAUAAACUGCAAUACAAACCAAUUUUAAGACAAAAGGUACAGUGUUAAAAAAAACGCCUAGUGAGGAAAGUGGCUAGGGGCUGGCCGAGACGUCACUGAAUGACGUCAAUUCGCAUAAUUGUCUAACAUUUAAAUCCUGCCCCGCCAAAACCUCCAAACUCUAGAAAAAGUCCCUAGAUUUUUCGCUAGCUGCUUUUUUUUUGUGGCAAAAAAAAAAUUAAAAAGAAAGUUGCGAGGGAGGGUCUGAAAAGUAGCGAAAUAUAGAAACAAACUUGCUAAUUGGACUUUUUUUAUGGGACAUAAUCUACCUAUAACACACUGCCUGCCUAUCUGCGUCUCUUUAAACGAUCAUGUGACACACAGUGUAACUCUUUUAUGGUGCCUGUGCGUAUCCGGCCAAAACAACCGUUAUUCGCAUGCUCUGUACUCUUCUUCUGUCUUUUGUACAUUUCCUGUGCAGCCUUACAGCGCCACUUACUGGCUUGGCAUACGCAGUACAUCAUUUUCAGUGGUUUCAAUUUGAGGGUUGAUAGAAAAACUUAUUAAAGUGAAGUCACUGAAUAAAAAAUCGAAAAUCGAGUUUUCAGAGGAAAAAAUCUGGAUUUUAUUUUUGGCCAAAAUCGUGCAGCUCUAACAUCAUAUCAGGAAAGUAAACGCCAUCCUGCUUUGAAGUGUACACAUUUACUCAGCGUGGUCAUAGGCUGCAGUGUUGGCGUGCUUCGAUGCUACAAUUGAAGCCACAUCACUUGAUAAGUCUGAACUGGGGUCACACAGUUUGCUCAGGCAGAGUUAAAUCCCACUGUCACUGUGUCACUUCACAUCCACAGACACUAGAGAUGAACAAAUCAAGGCUGCCCCCGAAAAGGAGAUCAAAUCAUCGGUUGGGAAAACGAGUCGACUCAUUUUGUCACAAAGCAACGCAGGAAGAACAGCAGACUGUAAACUCUAUAAACUGAGUCCAGAAAAGGUUCUUACAUUUAGAUUGAUGAGGUGAUGUUAUUAGCAGAUGGUACACUCUUUAAUUAACUGAACCUUCUGCAGGUUUUAUCAUAACCAGUUAAAAACAAAGGCGGCGACUGUCAGCACAAAUCGCUUUUACUGCUGUCAGCUCUGGCUAGCACGGCCUCUCUCAGGUUUAACACACACACACACACAACAUAUCCACUCAGUGUUAUCACAAAGAGUCGCAUCAGUGGUUUGACAUUGACAAGUGUGAGGGACACAGUGACGGUCUGAGAAGAGAGGGAGGGAGGAGAUAACAGAAGACAAAAGAUGUGUUGUUGCAGAUUCAGGUCCAAGUAGGCGCCACAGUCUGGAUUUAUUUAAAAAAAACUUUAUUUUUGCUCUAGCUGGGGCAUAAACAGUAAAAUAUGCAUCACAUCUUUAAAAAAGAGAGCAUCAACUCACAAUCCAGCUCAUCGUGUGUGUGUGCAGUUUUGAGCUUCAUGAGGAUGAACAGUGCAGCUCCAAGCAGCAGAUACAGGAGAUGCUAAUGGUUCAUCUCCACCGUUAGACACAAAACACAGAUUGUACAGAGCAGCAGAACUUUGUGGGUGUUUUGUGGUUUAAUGUGAAGAUCGCAGUAUGCGUUGUGAAUUUCCAACUCUAGCUAAUGAGCAGAAUUGCAUCACAUGCUGUUUUCAUCGUGCUCAGCAGAAAGUUCCCUCUCUCUUCGUUUACUCAUGUAAGAGUACGCUCGUGCGGCAUCCCUCCAGUCUUUUUCACCUCUGUCAUGAUGGCCAACCUGAGAGUACCAAGCUGAAACUGGUGACAGGAUAAUUUGUUGUUGGGGAAUUAAACCGGAAAGUUCUGCUCGGGUGUCUCAGGUGGGUUUAGGGUUUCCAAAGUACAAAAGCAGAUGUUGAGAUCGAAGAAGAAAAAAGAGGACCUUUAUGGUAGGAAAACAAUUCACAACUGUAGUAACAUAUAGGUUAACCGUUGACUCAAAUUAAGACAUGACUCUUAUAACAUGAUGGCUUUUUUUUCUUUAAUAUUAUGUCUUAACAUGACUGCUUUAUUCUUGUAGCAUUUAGGCUCUUUUUAGUAAUUUUGAGAGUUCAAAUUAAGUCUCUUAUCAUAACAAAUUAAAGGGAUAUUCUGGCGUAAAAUUAAGUUAGGGUCAAACACAUCCUCUCGAGAAAUGAAUGUUGCCGACUGCUUACUUCUCUAGUUAUACCAAAUUUAGUAACGACCGUACGAUAGCAACACACAGCGGUCUACCUUUUUACCUUUUAUUAUAGACUGCUGUGUAUUGCUAUCGUGCGGUUGUUAUUAAAGUUGGUAUAACUAGAGAAGCAAGCAGUCUGCAACAUUCAUCUCUUGAGGGGGUGUCUAACUCAGUGUUACGGUGUGUUUAACCAUAACUUAAAUUUACGCUUGAAUAUCCCUUUAACUUUCUUAACAUUACCAUUUAAAACUUAAAAACGUCUUAGCUCUGUUUGGGCAGUAAUGUCUCUCUUUGUUCAGUUUCAGAUGUUUUGUUUCUUUCAGAGUGAACACAUCAGAAACUGACCGACUGUUCUCUGGUUUCGACUCAUCUCUGGCUUGACCUUUAAAUCCAUAAAAAAGCCGUGAAGUAAGACUUUCACUGAAAUCAUCGCCCCCUCUGCGAGAUGUUAUACAACCCCACACCCCCCCUGCAGAGGUUACAUUACUUCAUAUGGCUCUGCGGAUCUGAAGGGUGUUUGUUUUGAACACCGGGGCAGCCCUCUGGCGUGUCUGCAGAACAACACAUGGCGAUGUUAACUUUGUGUGUGUGUGUGUGUGUGUGUGUGGCUCUGACAGUUGUACACAGAGAGGAUGAGAGGAUAAACAGAUCAAGACGUAGGCGGAGUUCACUUGUAAACAGCGAACCUCUCUGUGCUGCAGCAGAUCCCAUUUAUUACUGUUACAUAAUGAAACAUAAAGGAGGAGGAGUGGAAAUCAACAGGGGAGAGUAAUAGUAUUUUAUUUAACAAACUUAAGAUUCGACUUUUAUCCUCUAUAGAGAUUAAAUCAAGUUUACUUCAGUUUAAUCCUUUAACAGUGAGAUUUGUGAGCUACUUUGCGUUUAGUGUUUUGAUUCAGAGAUGCAGUUAAAUGGAGCGUUAAAAGCAGAAUAAAAUACUCUGAGUUAGUUAAAUGAGCUGCUGAGUUAAUAAGUCAUUUUAAAGAGGUUAUUCGUCCUCUUGUUCUGACUCUUUAAUCUUUCGUUCGCUCGUGUCUCUCUCUUCUUCCUCGUGUUUCUCCUCUUCCUCUCCUCUCUGAUCAGAACCUGCUUGACAAGCGUGUCUUAAUGCACAGCGGGGCUCCCACCGCUCAACAAUAGUCAUUAAACUUGUGGAUUAGCCCUGUUAUCCACUUUGGACUCACGUACGCACUCACACACGCUCAGACGCUUAGGCGCAUUGAGGCCCCGCAGGCCAGCAGACGAGCUGAUCGUAACAGGAAGUGAUGAGACGUUGGGUCAGUGAAAGGUGGCUCACGAGCUCCUGCCGCAGAGAGUCAGUUCAGCUGGAAAGGCUUCAUGUCAGCUCCUUAGUUUGACAGUAAAGUGGUUCAGUCUCUUACUCUAUUUGUCUUUUUCUUUAUGGGAAUAUAAAUCUGAGUGAAGUCUGAUCUCAGUCCGUUUCUAAUGAUGCUCAGAUUUAUGAUUUAUCACCAAACCUGUGACCUGGCCUCCUUUGGGGUGGACUUUGCCUCAUUAGAAGAUUGUUUUCAUGCUUUUAUUUUGAAACUUUAGGUUUCGGUUGUUUCCUUUCCUGUGAGUUACAAAUUACAGACAGAAAGUAUUAAUAUUCAGAUGAUUAGUUGCCUAAAGAGGAAACUAAGUUUAAGAGUUUAAACUUCAGACAGUUUCAACCAUAGACUCUAUAUAGAAUGGACGCCGUCUGUCUUCUCGCUGGGUGAAGCAACCAUGAGAACAGCACCCUCUGGUGACGGGCUGCAGUAUAGGUCGUAAAUCCCGCCUCCUCCAGCAAUCCCUAUGGAGCUGUGGACAAACUUUAUAAGUUAAUUAAACAGAAUAUACAUUUUUCUUCUCCCUGGUUGCGAUGUUGACAUGUAGUUACUGUCAGACUGGUUUGUGCUCAAGUCCUUUUUUUCUGUGAAGCUCCGUUUUUAAAAGUUAUUAGGGGGUUCAUGUUUUCUAUGACUGACACUUGAUACAGCCUAUAGGCGUACAAGGAUUGCGUACCUCAACUGGGAUAUACGCUGUUUGAGUCGAGCAUUAUCAUAGCAAUGUGGGUUUCAGUAAAUGAAGAAAAAAACCCUUUUGGCUUCAAAUCCAUAUAAUGACGGAGGUUGGAGCCAAGUUGUCCAUAGUAUAUACAGUCUAUGGUUUCAAUAGAGCAGCUAUCAGGACUUAUGUUUUGCAAAGAGUCAGAGUCUUGAAAAGAUGCCGAGCUAUGCUAACACCUCAGUGAAGCUCUCUUUCUGUCCUUUCAGUUGUUACUACUGAAGACACCGACCACUAGACCUCUGGUGAAGUUUAAUUUGUUUCACUCAGAGGUAGACGAGUUCUUCCUCAUGACUUUUUAUCAGGCUGAGAGUUUGAGAUGUUUUGUUUGGACGGUUUAAAUGCCCCUGAGGGAAGCAGCUACCUCAUUUCCUGACUGAAUAUUUUCUGUGAUUGGACAGACCGGCUCACAUCUCCAACAUUUUGAAGUGGUCAGGUCACUCACUUCUGUUUUGUAUCUGUCCGCUGUUCUGUGACUUUUUGGAUUGUACUGGACUUCACUAAGAUCACCUAAUAAUAAAUAAUAAAAACAGCCUAUUGGAGAGGCAUCAAUGUCAGUGUUUGCUUUCCAAUGAGCACCAACAUCUCAUCGUGGUCUGGAGAACAUGGCAUGUAGAAAAUAGAUCUUAGUGUGAUUUUUCAUGCAUUUCAUUGCAUUUUACAAAACCGAUGAUAAACUGCUUAUUUUGUUUUAUUUACAAACUCACUACAUCAGUAUCUAGAAUAUGACAAUAUGAGUAUCAUUAAAACCUUGAGGGGUGUUUUGACAUAGUAUCUUUACAGCUCUGCAAAGUUCUGCUCUUUCAGCAGAUUCCUGAUCCAAUCUUUGAUGAGAGGUUUUUUGUGAAUUUUUACUUUGUGCACAUACUAAACUUUAUAUUACAAUUUUACAGUUUUAAACAUUGCACGUUUGAUUUGGUAUAAUAGAAAUAGAAAAAUAGAAAAUAAGCAAUAGAAAAUAUAGUUGCAUAGUAAGUUGCUGUUGCACAAUCCAACACUUUGCAGAAAAAGUCAGUGAAAUCCCAGAGAGUCUGAUAAAAGCGUCCUUUUUUUUCUACAUGAAAAAGAUGAAAUGUUGUCGUGUGUUUGCAGGAAGAGAGGCAGACCUUCCUCGAGUUUCUCUGCAGGGACAGAGCGAGUGAAGCUGUUGAAUUUUUGAUACCGGAGUGGCUCAGGUUGGUUGUUUGUCUGCUCUCAAACUGUGAGGCCGACACAGUCUGCAGGUCAGACAGACUGCAGGACCAGAGUUAAUAUUUGAUCGAGCUCAGCUGCCUUCUCCACCUUCACCUCAGGACGUCACAUGAACACCGUCAGUCUUCUCUGAAAUUUCAGGGCUGCUUUUAAAGAGUCGAUGCUGAUCCACGUGAACUGGCUUAGACCUUUAUUUUCUGUUUGCAUAGACUGAAAAUUAUCAGGUAUUUUUUGCAGGAUAAUUGGCUCAUCAAACACUGACCUCUACGGUAGCUGGUAGCUUCCAUAACUCCUUCAUUUCUCAGCUCUUUGUCUGUCUGUCUGUCUGUCGGUCUGUCUGUCGGUCUGUCUACCUGCCCAUGGGCUCUGCUGUCAUUAGCAAAUAAUGGAGCCAGAGCAGCGUCCUGGAUCUGAUCGCCUUUAUUUAGCUGCUCCUCUCCUUCCUCUUUGUCCCUGACCCACAUACACGUACUAACACAGAGAGAAAGUACAGACAGCAGGUAUCAAUCUCAGUUAUUUGGACCGAAAGGCAGUGACAGACAUCCAACCUCAGAGCUGAGACACUGAAUUUGAUUCGGGGUAUUUUAGUGGUUUUUCUGGCUGUGUGUUUCGACAUCUCGUCAGCUUAAAAUGAGAAUGAGAAAAGGAAAAAUGUACCUGAGUUUCUCGUUGUUUGUACAAAGAGUUUGAAAAUGAGUUGGCCCUAAAGAAGCUGAAGACAUUCAGGGUGAAAGCAGAGGUUUCUCAGUACAAAGGUGAAAACGUGCAACCAAAAAAGUGAACAAAACUGUCUUGGAUGUGUAAAGUUACUGAUUGAUCAUGUAUUUCAGAUCCAGGUUUCAUGUAUUUGUUCCCUCAAGAGCUGGACUUUACAGACAAACCAUCUGAGUUGGUCUUUUAGCCUCUUCAUAGUGAGAGGUUUGAUACUGAUGUACUUCUUCUUGUCAAAAUAACACAGGCCAAGAGACUGAUACAACCAGAGGAUUCAGGAAUUAAUAUGCUCCUCUAGUUUACCCCAUUACUGCAUCAAAAUCAAAAUUAUGCAGUUUACAUUUUCUUAUUUAUUUAAAAAGCUUUUGUAUCAUCCUUUUUGGUUCACCCAGCACUGGGCAGGAAUCACUUCCUUCUUUGAGCUGCAGGGGGCAGCAUACCUCAACUAUUACAGUGUCAGAGACAAAGUGACAUCCCAGCAGUUAAUAUUGUGUCUCUCUGUCUUUUUUUUCCACUGCAGUGUUUUACAACAAGCAUCAGCAGCUGAUUUUAAUUUCAGCUGUUAUUAUUUUUAACUCAAUACAAACCGUCUUUUUUAAAGCACAAAUGUUUCUGUCGGUGUCACUUUAGGUUAUGAUUCUUUUUAAAGGAAAAAGCUCUAAAUGUAAAUUUUUUUAAAAGGAAUCUGACAUUAAAAAUUGAGAUUUUAUGGAUCUAAAUUUGCUGAUGCUGGGACUUGAAUUGAUUCUUGACAGUGUCAGUUUUUCAGCUUUCUUGAUCAAAAAAAACAAAAGACAAAUAAAGCUAUGUAAUGAUUUUUUUAUUCCUAAAAAAAUAUUAUAUUAUUAUUUUUAUUCCCGAAUUAAUUUUUUUUAAUUUACCAGACAUUUUCGAGAUCAAAAACAAAAGAGAAAAGAAAAACAAACAAAACAAAUAAAGCUAUCUAAUAAAUUCUUACUUCUAAAGAAUUAUACUUUUUUUUUUUUUUUGCAAUUAAUUUUCUUGUCUUUUUAUUUUCCAGAUGUUUUCAAGUGCUGGACCCUGAACCUGAAGGACACUUCUGGACAGUAGUCCUGCUCUGGAUUGGGUGUGAUGGUUUUCAGCCCUUUUGGAAACCCUGAAACUCUUUUGUUCAGCUUCUAAAACAAAAACACGGAUCAGCUGAGACUCUGAGGCACCUAAAAAAAAAUCAUCUUUACAGUGAUAUAGAAAAACAAAACAGAAAACUACAUAAAGGAUAAAUCUGGCGUUUAAUCUGAGAUUGCUAAACCAACAAGAAACCAACAAAAUUCUGAUGGGAAAUCAAAACUUUGUCGUCACUCAGUAGAAAGUUGCAGCCAUGAGUGUUUCUCAGCCCGCUGAAGGUUUCCAUGUCAGAGGGAAAACCGGAUCCAGCAUGAGGCUUCCUCUGCACAGUGCCGGUGACCAUAAUGGAAACGCUUUCCCCAUAUCCUCUUCAUCUUCCUCUUCAUCUUCCUCCUCCUGCCUGGGGGAGUCAUCUCCCGAGUCCCUGCGGAGUCUGAGCAGCCUCAGCGGAGGCCGCACAGACAGCCCGCUGGACUACGACAUGUUCGAGGUCACUCUGGUGACAACGGUGACGACCGAAACGGAGGAAAUGGGGGAUGUCGUGGUGACAAAGUGGGUACCAGAGGAAGAGGAGGAGGAGGAGGAGGGUAGAGUGGACAACGAUGAAGUCUCUGUCGAAAAGAUGCACACAGCAGUAGAAGUGACAGAAUCCAACGACAACUCUGUGUCAGUUUACCUGGACGCAAACGGAGGCGAGUCCCACCAUGACACCUGGAAUGACAACCUGACACUCGCCUUGACUCUGACGAUGAGCGACAGCAGCGAGAAGAGACAACACGGCUCCUCGACGCCAGACUCAGAUGCGACAGAAAUCCCCGGAGAUGAUGAUGAUGAAGAAGACGGAUUGUUUCUUUCUGUGAGCUCUGAGGUCGGCAUGCGGAGAAGCAGCACGACUCUCACCAGCCUCUCAGUCGAGCUCCAGACUGAGGAGGCUGUUGCAGCUGAAGAUGAGAAAUCAGAAGAACCGGAGGGGGUCUCUCCUCACAGUGUGGAUCCUCCUGGCUCAGAGGGCCUGAACGAAACCCCUCAGAUAUCGUCCUCCUCUCAGGACCAAGCUCCAGCUGUUAAAGAAGCCAAACCACCUCCACCUGAAGAAGCUGAAAGACGGGAAAUGUCCAACAGAAAAACACAACAAAGCAGCAGUCCACAAGCCAGAACAGCAAGAGCUAAACCCACCAGCGUGGCUACAAACGCAAAAACAGGGACACCCAUGGUCCUCAGAGGAGCCAAUCAGGAGGUCAAAAGAGUCUCCAAACUUGACCUCAAAAAUGUCAAGGCUAAAGUCGGGUCCCGCUUGAACACAUCACCACCGAAAACACCCAGCAAGGUACUCAGAUAUUACAGAAAAUUAGAUAAAAGAUCAAAUUAGAUAGGAAAAAAAGAUUUUCUCAAUAGUUUAAUGCAUGCAAACAAUUGUUUGUCUAAUCAGCCAUGUAAAUGAUAAUUUCUUUCCUUAAUCACAGUUUUGUUAGUAUAUUAUUGUUUGCAUCCUUGCUCCUAUCCUUUCCUCUACUCCUCAAAGCUGUCAAUCAUCCAAUUUUGGGUAGGGAAAGUUAAAAAAAAUCUGUAAAUAAGCUGUAAAUUUAAAAUGGAGGUAGAAAUACAUGGAAAUUUAGCCGGAUUUAGUUAAAAUGCAAACUAGUGAAAUCUACUUGUAAGAAUAAGGGAUGUCAUUAAUUAUUUUACUACUCCAGAGAUGAUUAUAGAGCACAUUGGCAUGAAAAUAAACUAAAACUAUAGGACUUUUCAGCGUUAAACUUCUAUUUUUAUGGAUCUACAUUUAAUUUAAUUAGUCCUAAAAACAAAAAUCAUGAUGAUGCAGCAGAAAAAGUGAACUCAGUUUAUGUUGCAGGUAGAAAGUGACUGUUGAAUAUGACUGUCGGGAAGUCAUUUAAUGCUUCUCUGCUCACAAAGCCGCCUAAACAGCUCUGCAGGUUAUCAGCAAAACAUCAGAGCUACGCUACGGACUUCUUUCUGUUUUUAACGUGAUAACCCGUCAAAAGAUUGCAGUCAUUAAUUCACCAAAAAGCUGUGAUUUAUCUAUGUUAAUUAUAAGCUUCAGGUAGUGUUAUCCACAGCAUGUGGAGUCAUAGUUUAUGAACCAGAACAACUGUCACUUGAAAAAAGACUCUAAUAAGCCCGAUGAAACUUUUUUUAUUGACGACACUAUUCAGACAUAAUCGAGGAAUAAUACAAAAGAAAAUACUUAAAUUUGUACUCAUGAAGUCUAACUAUUCAUUUACUUCCUUAUUUGUUACUUUUAGGACUCUUAAGUUUUAUAUUUAUAUUUAUAUUCUCCUGUCUAAUAACCCAGAUGAGUUUAUUGAGUAUUUCAUUUCUUUCUGUAGGUAAUGAGUUCCUCCAAAAUAACCCCUAAUUAUUUUUUACUUGCAUUUUCUUUUUCUCUUGCAACAUUUAACCCUUUUGCUCAUUUCCUGUGACUUCAUGUUCUGUCAUUCACCUUUAAUAACAUCUCUUCUAUCAGCAAAUUAAAUCUGCUCCGGCAAAUGUGAAGAGAGCGGCUCCCAGGAAGGAGGAGGUGGACAAAAAGCAGCGGUCGUCUCCGGUCAGAGUGGCUGUGGUGCUGAGGCCGAUCAGAGGGAAAACCGACGGCCUCCGAACGGCAUCCAGUGACUCGGCCCGGCCGGAGAAGAAGAGUCUGUCCAUCGGCAGGAAACUCUCUGACUCCACUUGCUCGCUGGGCUCUGAGGUGACUGAAGACAGACCUCCAGGCUCUCACAGGAAGGCUGAUAAUCAUGAAUCAACUGAAGGUGUGGAAACGAGAAACCAGAGUGAGAAAGAGUCUGUGGAGGACCAGAAGGAGGCGGCCGGAAAGACUGCAGCAGAGAAACCGAGGAAUAUUAUCAGAGUGAGUACUGUGAGUCUGUUGAGAAAUCAGACAAGAAAUUUCCUCAAAAACAUAAAAAAGAUGGAGCUUUGAAUUUUUAAGUGUUUAUGUUGGGAAGGAUGUUGAACAAUACAUUCACUAGAGGGCGCCACUUCAUAGUCAAAACUUUCUUUAGAGAAGAAGAAUCAAAAGUUUCCAACAACAACAAAAAAAAAAAAAACAGAAGUUGUUAUUGCAUCUCUUAGGAAGAGGAAAAAUCGACAUCAAAAUAACUUAAAGCUCCUGUAAGGAACUUUUGGUUUGAGUUCAGUUUAGCGCCCUCUGUGGUCAAAGCAGUCUUUUUUUAUAUCAACCUUAACUUGCUGACGUUUACCUAGAAAUUGACUAGGAUGAUGAGUAGAUGGCUGGGCUGUAGCUGUUACUUCAACCUAUUUUUGACCCUUCAACCUUUGUGCGACAGACAACUCUGCACAUGUCCAAAAGCUUCAAAUCUGAAUGAAGUUUGGUGCAUGUAUACCCAAGUAUUCAGAUUUUCAAAUUGGAUCAAGAAAUUUUGCACAUGUAAACACGGCUACUCAGAAGUUAGCGUAUUUUCUUUUACAUAGAAGACUAUAAAGUUGCCCCCUGCUGGUCAUUUUGAGUACUGCAUGUUGAGAGCAUCUCCAAGGCUGUGUCCCCUUCUCUUGUACAGUGUGGGGUAAAGAGUCCUCCACCUCGGAUGUGUUUUUGAUCACAUUUUGACACCAACAACAUGAAGUCAUUUUGAGUUGGUGUGCCAGCGCUGCUGCAGGAACAGUUCUGGCUCCAGAUUCAGGUUACACAACUGGGCUAUUGUGAAACACAGAGGUGUAGUCUCCCAUGAGAGCCUGCCAGUUAUGAUAUAAUAACCUGUGAGAGGCGGUCAUUAUUGGAUUAAAACUCAGCAUACAUACAAAGGUGUUUCCAGUGUGUUUUAGUUUAAAUUACCUGGCUGUUAGAGAUGUUUUCAAGUUUUAUUUUCGACUCUCAGCUUCGCAGAAAAAUUGUUAUCCUGGCAUGAGCUCAAACAGGGUUGAUUUUUACAGGGUUUUUAAACGAGGGAGCGGUCCGUGUACAGUGUGUGCGUCUCUGGUAUGUGUUUUUUAAAGAUUCAAGGAAGACGGUGACGGCUUUCAAACCUGCCCUGACGUAUUCUCUCACCUGCAGCCUCAGGGGGUUUAUGUCAGCACAGGUGAACCCUGUGUGUGUGUGAGAGACAGGUGCAUUCUGCUAGUCACACACAAGUACUGUAACUCAAACAUGUGCAAUCGAAACAUACAGUAUAUGGUUAAAUCUUACUUUACAUGACCGUAAGGCUAUGACUUGAGGCAGAGGUGACACAGGGGAGGAAAAAGGGAAGAAACAAACAAUAUUCAUCAAUAUUCAGUUUCCUCCACCUGAACAGGUGACGCAUCGAUGAAAUCCUUUCCUCCUGCUGGCUGUACUGCAGUAGCUACCUUGGGUCAUAUCACACUUUUAACCCCGUCACACAGACAAGUCCUUUAAGCUCAUGAUUCCAAGUAAUUCUUUUUUAAUACGUACUUUUUCUUUAAAGCUCCUGUGAGGAGUUUUUGAUGUUUAUUGAAGCUUAUUUAUGACAUAUGAAAGAAAACAAGACCAUCACCGAGCAGACUAAUAAUUCUCAUGCUGAUCUGAAACUUGUGUUAGGAGGGUGGGUGAAGAAACAACCCUGUUUUGACAUUUUGUACAUUAAAUAUUCUCAAUACAUGGUUUGUUUGUCGGUCAAAAGUCAGCAGGAUAAGCAAACAUUGCUCUGUCCACGGUGUGCAAAAGUUCCUCACUGGAGUUUGAAGUAGAUUUUCAGGCUGGUAGUUUUACUUGUGGACAGUGUUUUAGUAAUUAGGAAUGUAACUUAGGAAUUUAGAGGAAAUCUACCGAGAUGCACGUCCGAAAAUAGGGUUAGAAAACAGGAUCCUUUUAGCCAGCUUGAUUUAAUCAAUCUUAAUUUAAAUAACGUUGUUUGUCCCCGUAGAGCCGCAGAGCUGCGGUACAAAAAGAGAAGAAAAACAGCAGCAAAGAGGGGAAGUGAGUAAAGUGUGAAAUACAAACAAAAGAGACAGUAGAUGUAGAAGAGUUAAUGCAAUAAGUGCACAGAGGCAGAGACGUUGCAGACAAAAAAUGUAAAAUCCAGAUUUAAAUCACAAAUUUAAAGUUAUGAAAAAUAAGUAUUAGGGCCACAUUAAGAAAGAAAAUUAAAGACUUCAAGAUAAAAGUCUUUAAUUUAAGAGAAUAAAGUCAUUACUAAUAAGAUUAAAGUCGUAAUAAAAUCAUAACUAACAAGAUAAAGUCAGAAUAAAGUCCUUAUAUUAAAACCUGAUGUUUAGGAUGACAGUUGUUGAAAUAAGAGCCAAGGAGCAUUUUGUGAAAAUGUACUUCCAUAUCGGUUUCUCAAACAAGGAGAUACUAUCUUAAUGAUUUUACUACGACUUUAAUCUCAAAGUCUUAAUUUAUUUUUCUUAAUGUGGCCCUAAUACUCUUUUGUAAAAAUGAGCCGUGGGUGAAGGUGGAUGGGGAACGAGGACAAACACACAUCAAAGAGGAAGAAGAUGUCAAAUCAGACGAGAGGAAGACUGCCGAGUUCUCCUGUCAGACUCUGACCCACAUGGGCGAUGUGUUUAUGCAUUUUAGAGGCAGCAAGAUUUUUUGUUUUUAACAUUUUCGAUCCACACAUCACACAUUUUUUUGUUUUUAUUCAUACGAAUAGAAGUUUUGAGUCCGAUAAUCCUAGAAUAACACGUAUAAGUGAUUCAGUUAGCUUCAGACAGGAAUAAGGUCCUGCAGAGCGACAGUUUUUACUUUUUUUCUGUGAGCCUGGACUUUAAAACUUUAUCUUCAGUGAGGAAGUCAAAUCACUUCUUCUAUCUUCACCAAAGUCGCACCCAUCUGAGCUCCUACUCCAAUCCAGACUGUGUGAACUUUGUCACCUCCACAGAGCGAGCGGUGACAGCUGAGUUUCUCUCUGAGAAGUCUGAGUUAGACGCCAGACCCUCAUCCACAAACUCUCUCCAUGUGUGCUGGUGUUUAUGGAGGAGGGGGAGGAACAUGUGGGGGUGGGGGCAGCAGAGAGAGAGAGAGAGGGGGAGAAAAUUGGCCCGGUCAGAGUUGGGAUCCUCAGGGGGAAUGUACGACACAAUAGCAACUUUUUUCUUUCUCCUCUUGUAGCUGCAGCACACUCCCUAUUUUCCCUCCCUCCCUCCUCCCUCUCUUUCCUUCUCUCUCUUUUUUCCUCCUCCCCCUCUGUCUCUCUCCCUCACUCCUCCCCUCUGCUCCUUCACCGCCUCCCUCGCUUCCCCCAUUCCACAUUUCUGACUCUGAGCGGGGAAUGGCUAACACCAUGGUCUCGGUGCGCAGCGCCGAGCUGGGGCCCCUGGGCUGGGACGCUGUCACUAAACGUCAGCUCUUCCUGCAGAAAGUCUCCUCCAAGCUGGGGCCCAACGCCAGGCAGCAGGGGAGUAAGGGGACCACGGGGCCGGCUUCAGCUCCUCCAGGGACAGGAACCGGACCUCCAGGGACCAGGCAGACCCAGGGUGAGGGCUCCACGGUGAGGGAGGGAGGACAGAGCGGCGGGGGAGGAUCUCCAACCAGACGGAGGCCGAAUCAGAAUCAGAGCCAGGGUGAGUGGACACGUUUACUUCAUGAAACUUGAACGUAAACACACACACACACACACACACACACACACACAGACACAGAGACAGGCAUGCAGAGUGGAGUGUGUGUCUGUGUGUGUGUCUGUGUGUGUUCAAGUGUGUGUGUAAGAGAACUGUUCAGUCUCUGCAGCAGACUCAGGAAAUGAGCAGGCUGACACUGCAGAGCUGCCAGUUAAAAUGCCUUCCACAUACCUCUACACCACUUACAUGAACACACACUCAAACACACACACACACACACACACACACUCUCGUACACUCAGUAACACUACAUGCCUGUCUGUCGGCAACUAUCCCUGCGUGUGACAAAGUGUGGAAAUCAUGCAACAGUGUGUGCUUGAGCUUCAAAACAGAGUGUGUCUUUCAGUUUGUGAGUGUGUGUCUAAUUCUGUGUGUGUAUGUGUGUGUGUGUGUGUGUGUGUGUGUGUGUGUGUGUGUCCUCGUCUUCGCUGCAGUGUUGCAUAAGAGCAGAGUUAGUUUCUCUCUGUAUUCAGUCUCAGUCCACAUCCACAGGACAUUUAAACUCCUGCUGGACUCUCAGACUCUGUGUGUGUUUGUUUGUGUUUGUUCGUGUGUGUGUGUGUGUGUGUGUGUGUGUGUGUGUGUGUGUGUUUGUUCAUUAGUGUGUUUGCAGAGUAAUUACACCCCCCGCACCUUUCGUGUUUGUCUUCAGAGGAAGUUUGAGGACACUUGAGUAACAGUUCCCUCCUGAACCACAUGAAAACAGUUCGGUUUGCGGUGGAUUUCCUGUUUCAAAACAACCUGGAGUGUAAAAACGACAGAGUCGGAGCUGUCAGUCAGUAUCGAACCGAGCGCUAACACACUCGUCUUUCACAUCAUCAUGAUCUGAUUUCUUUGGGUUGUCAGUACAUCAUGUUUCAUGGGGUUUAAACUUCAGGGAACUCCUCGAAACAUGCCCUCAGAGAUUGUUAUUGAAGGGAUAUCAAAUAGCUAAAUCGUUAGACUUAAGUCGCCUUUAGAUAACGUCUAAAAUACACACUUUUUAAGAUGCUCCAGUUACAGAAUUACCAAUGAGCCUCCGUUGUCCGACUGCAGAUUGAAGUAUCAACAUCUCUGUAAACUCUCCUCAGAGACUAAUCACCUCAGAGCGUCCUUAGUUUUAAUUCUUUUAAUGUAAAUUUAAUCACAGACAAACUGACUUGUGUAAAAGUAAAGAAAACACCUGAAAAACAGUCAGAACUGAGCACACUGGAAAACCGUCUACAGCAAAAUAAUGUCCAGUUGGUUUUGCUGAGUGUCGCUACCAGCAGUAGAGCUAGCACCACCAUCCUCCAGUCCUGCUUACAGGUUAAUGUUCACACCUCUGUGUUGGUCACACAACACGUUUGUACGGCUGUGAAGUCCCAGUCGACCAGUCGACUUAUUGGUCGAUUCAUUGGUCGUGUUUAUUUACAGUCUAUAGUUAAUUUCAUCAGGAGGAACGUGCCAAGUGCUAAUGCGGGUGUUUUCAGAGCACCCCCGUUUUACAGGUAACAGCCUGUUUUAGAACACCCCCCUUAUUUGGAUUCGCCCAACACGCAGAUUGAAGAGUGUCCAUGUUAAUCAAUGUCCGGUAGUUUGCUUAACAUAAUAUUUGUGUUUAAUUGCCUUUUUGUGCUGAUGUCAGUAGAUUUUCACCCCACCGAGCCGAGUUGUGUCGUCCCCCGCCACAGAAGGGUUUGUCGUCAGAGUCGGCAAACUAAGGAUAUAAAAUUUAGAGGAUAUAAAAUGUUGAAAAAUGCCUUUAGAUUAGACACUUUUAAAGGGAAAAAAAACCUCACAUUUCAGAUGAAGACAAAAGUUACAAGCUGUUUCUCUUAAAAUAAAGAUUAAAAAGCCAAAAUAAUAAGAUUAAAAGAAACAAAAGAAAAACAGCAUAGUGGAAUUAAUGCAGUAAACUUAAUGAAAAAUUUAUAUACAAAUAAAUAUAUACACACAGACUUUUGGUGGUGCAGUGUUAAGACAAGAGGACCCCUCCCCCCCAGUACUGAUACAUUUGAUGAAUAUCUUGAUUUUGUUUAUGAAGCAAAGUUUGCUGAAAAGGUGACUUUCUGGUCAUUGAACUUACUUGUAUAUAUUUUCAUGGCUCUUACAGUUCCAUGACUGUAAUUAAAAUGUUUUUCAGAUCAUACUCAACUUUUUAAAAUGCUUCAAGAAAUCAGAUCACCCGUGUUUUACAUGAUUUCUCACCUGUACCUCUCAGUCUCUGUUUUGAUCAGAUGAUCUCAGGUGUGUGUUUGUUUCCCGUUUUUCCAUUUUCAUACGUGUUUGCUCUGAAAGUGUUUUGUGUCGACUGUUGAAGAGGGGCAGCGUGCCGCCAUCCUCACAUUGUGUGUGUUAGUAAAUAUGGAGUCUAACGCUGGUGACAAAACCCUCAACUUAAACAUGGUGUCUCCUGUCUGGUGUCCUGUGGUCUGUAAUUCCACUCCUGUACGUAUAGGAGGGUGUGUGUGUGUGUGUGUGCGUGUCUGUGUGUGUGUAACUUGAGCGUUGUUUUUCUGAAUGACUGAACUGUACAGUGUCAUUUACAUGUUGGAAAAGGCUUCUAAGCAUAUUGUGUCUGUGUGGUUGAAACGUGUGUGCGUGUGUGUGUGUGUGUGUGUGUGUGUGUGUGUGUGAAUGUGUGUGUGUGUGUGUGUUAAACCAGAUCCCUCCUCUGAUAAAGGUCACAUUCUGCUGGACAAAGUCUUGUCUGUCCUCUCUGCUGAUCUGCAGGAACAAACGGACGUCUCUUGACCUCCCGCUAUCAAAGACUCCUUUGAGUGUGUGUGUGUGUGUGUGUGUGUGUGUGUGUGUGUGUGUGUGUGUGUGUGUGUGUGUGUGUGUGUGUGUGUGUGUGUGUGUGUGUGACAUUCAGCGUGUUGAAUCAGUCUUGAUUACAUCCUCACAGAUCUUUCCCAGGUCUAGCUCGCUGAUCCUCAUACUCAGUGUUUCCCUUCUCCGUUUUUCUCUGACGUUGAAUUUUUCUGCAAACAGCUGAAAUCAGUCUGUCGGGUCACCUGAGUUCACCUCACUCUGACCGGUCCAGGUUAUUAUUGACGGGUCGGUUUGGAGUCAGCACAGAAACUCUGAGUAACUGGUUCAAUAUUCCUUUAUCGGUUAACUGCUAAGCGUGCGUCUGGGAUAGAUGACUCCAGUAUAGAGACAACCUAAAAAGCAGAAUCUAUCACUGCAGUACGAUGUCAUCCUGAAAAAUCAUUGGCUGGUUUUUAGGUCAUCCAGCAACUUCUCAAAAGAGGUCUGCUUAGUAUCUUGAGAACAAGACGAACACAAAAGGGUAGAAUUAGUGGCUGUUAAGAUGAUUUUAGUAACUUCUAAGUGGUUUUAUUUAUGCAGCUAAAACAACAGUCUUCCAUGGAAAGCCAUUUUUAACAUCCUCCCAAGCUUAAAACUUUAGCCUGCUUAUUUUCUUUAAAAUGCCCAAGAGAUGACUGUUGGGUCUGCUAUAAAUACAUGCCCUGAGUACUUCUUAUUUGCUGUUAUUCAGUGGCAUUAAAAAAAUAAAUCUUAACUUUAUUGUAGCCCUAAACCUGAAAGUUGUACCCCAACAAAACUUAGCGCCCUGUACAGACUUUUGUUGUUGACAAAAGGGAAAUCAAAUUUUUUUAUGCUUAGGGUUUAGAAAUGACAGAUCAGCACAUAGAUUAGCAUUUUAGACAUCUCUGCGCAUGUCUGAAUAAAGCAUGUAAACACACGUCAUGAUCGGAUUAUUCGAUUUUUAUUGAAAACAGCUGAUUCAGAUUUUCCGAUCCCUCGAAUUUUUAAUCGGAUCAAGAAAUUUUCCAGAUGUAAACAUGGCUGCUGAGGUUUAUUUGAUUUAAAAGAAAAGAGGUGCUGCAGAAGCCCCUGGGAGUGCGUGCCUUCUUCUUUCUGAAUGAUCAGUCUUUAAACACCUCUUAUAUUUAUAUUUAUUUCACGGUUUGUUUUCAACUUUGAGAUUUCUCUGUCAGAGUUGCAACAUCUCUAAUCUCCAACCAAAUUAAAGCCAAAGAUUUAAACAACAAGAGCAUAAAUCUAUUACUCUUGUUUCAAAUGUGCAAACUCUGCAGAAUUUCAUUUACAGAUUGUUGGUCUCAGACUAGUCGGGUGUUUAGGGCACGAAGAGAGUCGUCCUCUAAAAGUCUUGUGAUUUAUUAGCAUUUAAAUAUCCGAGGCAAUAAUCCCAAAGCUCUCCGGGUUGUUUGUGAGGUGAAUGCAGCAUCUCAGGUCACAUUUCUCUUCUUAGUUUAUCAAAGUGUCCUCAGUCUGGUGGGGUUGUGAAAUAAAGAGGCAGGAUUUCCAUCCUGUUAGUGCUUUCAUGUGAUUGAAGACUCAGAUCUCUGACUCAGCUGAUGGGAAGCGUUAACCAGAUUUACCUCUGCAGAGUGAGAGCUGAAAGAAAACCACACUGUAGGUGUUGUUGAGAAAGAGGAGAAGUGAAUUUGUCCCGCUGCUGCUGCUGCUUGUUUGGACUCAGAUGUCGGUUCAGAAUCAGGUUAGAGUCCAGGAUUACGGAGGAGCUGCAGUCAUUUAAAGGGAGAGCAGUGUGUGUUUUUGUGUAUCAGCAGCAGCAGGCACGAGGCAGUCGGCUCUUACCUAACGUUGUACGAAAGGUAAGCGACUCCAGCUGCUGGCUCCUCAUCAGAACUGAGAGCAAGCGGAGCCAGAUGUUUCCUGCUGGCUUCAGUCGCUGUACAAGUUUUACUGCCGCUCUGCCUCUGCCAGCAAGGACUGUGAGCCCCGAGUGUGUGCGUGUGUGUGUGUGUGUGUGUGUGUGUUAAUGUGAGGUAAUGUAAUUGCGGCGAACACAUGAAAACUUUUUUCCUCUCUUUACAACAAGCGCUCUUUUCUUCACAGCUCUUUGUGCUCUCCGUCUCCUCCCCCUCUUCGCUCGGCAGAACUCGUGUUUGCAGAAAGUCGAGUGAAAGUCUGAAACUUUAAUGACGUCUGGCGAUAAGCGAGGUUUUUGGAAAGAAAAUAACACAUGAAUUAAAGAGAAAAUUGUCGAUUAGUAUCAGGGUCAUUCUCGUGUUUUCAAACCUGUGUUGUAUUUUCAUGUUUUGUAAUUAAAGUCUCUUUUUUUUACCUCUGAUGGGCUCAGCUUGGUAUUUAAAGUGUCUGCAACAAAACCGAAAGAAAAAAGCAGCAGAUUUCCUCGACAAGGAGAUCUUUUUUUCAUGUUGUCAUCCUCUCUUUAGUGUUUCCUGACACUCAAAUUAAAUCUGAGCCCGUCUUCAUUUUGCACAUUUGCUCCGGGGGGAAUACCUCGUACUGUGACAGCCUGUUUUAUGGCUGAAGCUGUCUGCUGAACAAUUUAAAAACUUUUUGUUCGUUUUUGUCAUUUAGACUCAAAAAUACCUAGACCAACUUACAGAUUCUCGUUUGUUAUUUACUGCCUGCACCUGUAUAUUCAUGUGGAGGUGUCUGGUCCACAUUCAGUCCAUUUAUCAAGCUUUGUCCUCAAUGUGUCACUUUGUUUGCCGUCUAGUUUCUGUGGAUCAUCAUAAAACUUUAAGGAUUUCCUAGAAAACUCCCAAACACGACAGGUAAAGCCAAAGAUUAUGACUUCAUUAGUAAUUAUUCAGUACAAUUAACACCUCUCUGACAAAUUUUUAAAACAGAGACAUUAACCAUCGUUUGUACUUUUCAUUUAGACACAAACGGAGAAUUCGCCCCUGAAAACGAUGCUUUUUAAAAACUCCGACCAGAGUGGAGAUUUUGGAAAACUCUGUUUGCAUGUUUGCAUGUAAACAGAGAAAAACUGAGAUUUGGGAAGCCAACGUUAGAUUAUGUGCCGGAAAGAAGUUAGUGACGUUGUUGUUGUUGUAGCUACUGUGCAGGAUUCUGAUUGGCUAAUGAGGGCUAGAGCCAAUCAUGUUUUCAUUUUUUUAACAAAAUAGGAAACCAAAUGUUUGCUUAUACAUUGUUAAAUAAGCAGUUCUGACCAACAGCAUCAUGAGGUUAAGUCUCAAAGUCUUCACCUUUAAGUAAAGCCUCCAGCAGUUAAGUGUUUUUAAGAUUCCUCUAAAAGUUGUAGUCCUUCUGCUCAUGCUGUUUUACUCUCACAUUAUUCUGAUAGUUGGUGGUUGAAAUCUUUAUCUCUGUUUUAUAAGACAAAUUGCUGCUCUUCUAAACUUUGGAUGCAGUGUUUCCCUCUUUUCUUCCUGUCUUUAUCUGAGAGGCUCAAAAGGAAAAUACACACAACCUUUUCAGAGGGAGGCGUUUUUCUGAUGUAUUUCUCUGAAUUGCUGAUCUCAGCGAAAACUUUGACUACUGAGGGAUGAAAGGUGAAGAACUGCAGGUCUGCUCCAAACACAUGACAAAGUGCUCGUAUGUCUCCACAUGUUACGUCACAUUACAUAACAUCAGGCUCUCAGUGUCCACUCUGUAUGCAUUAAAUAUUCAUAACUUUACGUAAACAAACCACCGACCUAUCAGCUUUCAGUCUGCAUCAGACUGGAGACGUAACCAGUCCUGUAUAAGAUGGCACACUGUUAACCAGGGUUUUUAAAAUUGUAAUUAAUUCUGAUGCUAUCGCUUUAUUACAGCAACAUUUGGCUUUCAUGCUUACCCAAUCAGAGGACUUCUUGAUCGCUCAUGUUCAUGCACUUGUUGGUGCUGUUAAACUGCAGAUUUCCAUGUUAACAUGCCUGUAAUGUCACCUGAAAUGUCGCUUAUGGAGUCAAAUUGAUCUUCAUUCAGGCAAGUGAUUUUGAAUGUCCUAUUUUAGUGAGCGUAUGUGUUUCAGAACCUCAUAAAGGUUAAAUUUAGGGUUAAGUUGGCCCAACUGUUUAUGAUCCCUGCCAAUGUCACCGCUUUGACAUAACUUUUGUAUCACUCCCAGAACCAUCAAUUCGAGACUUUUAUCUCUCCAAGGCCAGAGAAAAAACACUUAAUGUCUGUGCAUUUUAAAUUUCUCAACAAAACCUGGAUCAUACCUCAAACAAACAAACUCCCUUUGACAGACUGUGUGCACGGCUGUGGGCCCCCACUGAGCAGCUGGAGAUCAGGCUGCAGGUCAGAUUAUGUUUACAAACUUGAAGCAUGUGUGCUGGUGUUUACUACGUUAGAAGAUCGGGUUUCAAAGUUUAAAAAAAUGAUACCUAAAUGAUUUCAGAGGAAAACAAAAUGUGUUGCAACCGUCCCCAGUCUCCCCUACUCAUGACAGUUCAGGCCUUUGAGAGCGAGAAGAGAGUCAGGACAAAAUGUGCAAAGAAGGCUCUGGAUCAAAAACAGUAUUUCACACAUUAUCUGAAUUCAAAGAGGUUUCUUUAUUCUGUGUUUUUUUUGUCUUUAUUUCACACACUUGACCUGACGCCCACACACACACACACACACACACACAAUGGCGCACACACUCUUCAGCUCCACUUGUGUGAAGAGGACAGCAUCACGGCUCUCAGGGAUUCAUCCUCCUUCAGUUUCAGGGAAGAAUGUGUGAUUCAGUCCCCAAAAAUGACGAGAGUCAUACUUCACAUUUCCAUAAUUACAGCAGAGUGGACUUCUGUGGGACACGGACUCGCUGUACACCCUCUGUGUUUUAGUAAAUCAUCGUCCUUUUCUCUCUCAGGUCUCCCCAAACCUCGCACAGCAGCAGAGCGAGCAGCCGCAUCUGCCUCCCAGGGUCCCGCAACAUCCAGCUCCAAACCGACAGCCAAUCAGCAGCCAGCAUCGGGGUCGGGUGGGCGACCCGCUGUACCCGCUGCUGCCGCCGGGUCGAAACUUCCCGUCAAAGGGUUACCCACAAGCCUCAGCUCCUCGUCACUGGGAAGCAACGAGAACAAUGGAGCAACGAGAGGUGAGGCAGUGGGAAGUGUGUGUCUGCACACAGUACACACACGCGCACACACACACACACACACACACACACACACUUUCUCAAACACACACUGAGUAUCAUCAGAGGAGGUUUUUCUUUGGUGUGGUUUCCCUUUUGCUGCUGACUUAACUUCCUUCUCUUUCCACAGUCGGUUUGUGUGUUUCUCAAAAGCACACACACGUACACACACACAUUUGCGCACACACACACUUCCUAAAGCAACAUGAACAUCCCGCUGAGAGCCCAAAAAUUCAUAAAACUGUUGUAAAAACAGUCUGCUGGAGAAUAUUUACUGUCAGAUCCUCUCUGCUCACCCUGAGAGGAGUGUGUGUGUGUGUUGUGAUUGUGUGAAAGAGUGUGUCUGUGUGUGUGUCUGUGUGUGCAUGAAUGAGCCCACUUCUGCCCACUUCCUGUGCAAAAGUUGAGGAGCACAUCUGGCCAAGAUCCAGAGUACAAGAUGAUGUGUCUUGUAGAAAAGGUCCUUUCAGAGUGAUGACGAUCGGUCAGGGUUUAUCUGAGACGUCAAUAAUGUAACAUCGCCGAACAUCGAAGAAUGAUAAUCGUCACUUUUACGAAGCUGAUCCUUGUAUUUGGGUCAAAGUGGGAGCUUUAAUUUCUGCUUGUUUCCGCAUUUUCCCAUGUUUAUCUGGAAACUUGGAGCAUGAACUUGUUCAAGCUCUUUUCAUGUAAACUUGAACAAGACUGACCCUAAUGUCCAGGAGGGUCGAACAGCGGGCGCUCGGUCGUGUUUAUUUCUUUACACGUUUCCACUAGACCAGCAAAAUCCACUAAAGAGGGCGUUUAUGAUCUUUUCUUUACUACAGAGGCGACCAAAAGAGCACUUUCUCUACAUUUUUGCAGAAUAACCUGAGAGCAUGAAAAUCCACAAACUUUCCUUUAUGUACUGCAGCCUUGUUGAUAAUAUGGGGAGUCAUGUAAGUGAGUAACCCAAAGCAAAGGGUUCAACGAAUGAUUAAAGCAACACUAAUAGGAGAAGAAUCUAAGCUCGUCUUCCAGCAUAUUUUAGUAUCCAACACUUAAUUUUUGUAUCCUGAUGAACAUUUCUGCAACAUUUUCUGGUUGAAAUUUAAUCCUGUAACAGAAAAACACUGAGUAAAGUUCUCACUGUAGUAAGAUUUGGCUUUGAUUUGUUGUUUUCCUCGUGGUGCUUUUUAAAGCUGGGUGGUCUAUUGUUAAUUAAAUGCUAGAGACUUUACUAAGUAUUAAACUUGAUUCAUGAACCUUACUGUCAACCAAACAUUGAUUUAUAACAAGGUUGGAUUACCAAAAUGAUAUCUUGUUGCACCCAGAGGGCAGGUUUUUACAUUUUCUUAACAGGAAGACACUCAGGAGGGCAGAUUUUCACUUUUUAUGAACUGGAGAGCCGUUUAAAAAACAUCCAGCCAAACUCAGCAGGCGGUCACGAUGUAGAACCUCUUCAAACUUCCUCUUUUCCAUCUGUAUAAAACUUGAUCUGAAUUUUAACUUCUCCUCUGUUUCCUUUUUUUUUUUUCCUUUUCCUCCAGGAGCUCCAACAGGGACCAAGCCAGAGGAUCGGCCCAGCAGGAGCACUCUUCCUGUGGGUAACCAGAGCGCCGCAAAGCCCCUCGUUUCCACCAGCGCCGGUACUGCAGGGGACGCAGCUCCCAGUGCAAACGGUGGAGUCACCGCAGCUCCGAAACCUCCUAUCAUGAGGACCAGAGCUCUGUCUCUGCAGGCCAGGAACCCUGCUACAGGUGGGACACGAAUAUCCUUAUGUAGCCCAUGUAUUUUCUUGUUUAAGUGAUAAUUUACAGCUCUUUAUUUUCUCAUCCAGGAGUCACAUGACCUGUUUAGAUGGUUGGUUUUUGAACACGCAUGUUGGACACUCUGUUUGAAUGCCCUGAACGCCCUCUGCGUCCUCUCCCCAGGUCUGAAAGCCCCGUCAGUCACCAACCACAUUACAGCAAAGACAGCCGCCGCCAAUCAAACCGCGGCAAAGACGCCUCCCGCAGCCGGUCAGGGGCUCGCCAAGCAAGCGUCCCAGAAUCCCCUGCAAAGAAGUGGCUCAGCGAGGCUCAGUCGGAUGAACAGCACAGGUAAAUAAACGGGUGAAUGUCACCUGUGCGUGUUUGUGAGGAGAGGUGUUUGUGUGCAGGUGUGGCGGCGUUCUCCAAACCGCAGUAAUCCCAGGAGUUUUGGCAGCGGCUUCGAUGGCAAACAUCCAGAGUUAUUACAGCGAGUGUGUUUGAUUUGUGAGCUUUGAAGUGUGUGGGAACGUCUUAAAUCUCAGCUCCUCGUGUUUUUGUUUUUAUGAAGCAUUUUUGGGGAACAAUACUCUGUGGAAAAUGAAGAACUGAAAGCAUCAAACCCUGCGCAGUUUUAUGAUACGCGAGCAUUAAAAUGAUGCGACUCUUAUGAAAGUAUUUGUGGUUCCUCAGGUUGAAAUAUUUUGAGCAGGUGAAGGAUAGUUUCGACAGUUUUGAUCGCAGGAAUUUUCUCGAUCUGUUAUGCAAUAACCAAACCACAAAUCCGCCGGUUAGAGUUUGAUUGAUGUGGCGACGCCUGUGAGCCUGUUCAAACUGGCAAGACGCUGUCCUGAUCUCACUCUUAAACAUUCCUCAUCCUCACAACCACCUGACAAACAUGUCCUCCUCCCUGCCCUGUUAAAGCCUGUAGCAGGGAGAGCAGGAGGAAAGAUGCUGAAAAUCCUUGACGCCCAUGGAGUUGAUCUGAGGCCAACUGUGUAGCUUAGAGUCAAAAACUGAACAAACGUUUUGGAUUAUUGUUUUAAAGACGGGCUGUUUUUGGAAUUGCAGUUUAUUACCCAAGUUAAUUGGUAAAUCACAACUUGCAUUUUCAGACGCAUGUACACGAUCCCAUUUGUGUGACAUUUGAAACUGUAAUCGAGUCUGUUUUAUUCAUGCAAAGCUAUUUUACAGUUCCUACAGGGUUCCUACUCGAGUAUGGAAAAGUAAGGAAAUAAAUUUGAUCAAAUUCCAGGUCUUAAAAAGUAUGGAAAAUGAAAAGUAAAGUGGGAAAAUAUUUAUGUUUCCAGACUAUUACUACAUUUCUAAAAUACUGUUAUAAAAUAAAAAAGUAUUUCCUAAAGUAAUUCUAAAAAGUAGGGUAUGGAAAAGUGUGGAAAUUCCAACUGUAUAGGAACCCUGAAACCAAAGCAAUCAGUAUUCAAUGAGGGACAAUUGAUGGAAUGAAACAGACUUUAUAAUCUUGACUCUUAGUUUGAUCAUUUUGAUCAACGCUGCACUGUUACUCCUGUGUGGUUUGAAACCAUGAUUCAUAGAUUUAUGGUGCACCUGUAUGCUGAACUCAAAAGCAGUAGCUCAAAGUCAAAGUACUUCUGUGAUUUUUUAAGUUUUUUCGACACCAAGUGUAUCCUACUCUGGAGAAUAUCAGUAAUUCCUCUGCUAGACUUUCAAACAAGACCAGGUGUCACCUGCUGUCUCGUGUGUGUUAUCUUCAGUGCAUCCUAGUGUUUGUGUUGUGUAAAAAUGUAAUUAUGGAUAUUAUAUCAUUCCAUUAUGCAGACAGUUGAGCAUUUAUUGCGCAGCAGCCGCACACUCACACGCCCUCAAACACACAUAUUUAAACUCACCGACUGAAGCUCUUACCCUGCGAGCUUCAGCAAACAUAAUUAUCAUCCCUCUGCAGCCUCUCUGUAAUUAUUCCACUGCUCAUUAGACACACACACACACACACACACACACACACACACACACACACACACACACACACACACACACACACACACAUAUAGAGGAUGUUCUUUGAAUUUCAGAGUGUUUUCGAGUGUUUUCGUUUAAAAUCCUGUAGAGGAUUCAAACACUUAAGUUACAAUUAUAAACACUUGUUUUUUUUAACUGGUUGAAUUAUUACAACCUUAACUUUUUACUGGAGCUGUUGGAAAUUAAGCCAAUCAAUGCACCAUGGAUGUGAUUAUAUAGUCAGGUGAAAGUGUCUCAAUGCUAUUGUGGACAUGAAACCAGGCUGUGUACAGGAGUUUUUCCCUCCUGUGUUGUGAUUCUGGUUUGGGCCCCCGGGUGCCUUUCUGCCUCCCCUCAGCGACAAAACCAUAAAGGAGUUCGUAUGGGGAACCACCACACACAGACAUACUGUCACCACCACACAGACACACACAUGUGCCACACACGAGACGUCUCGCACAUGCAUUUGAUUCAUGCAACUCUCUCUGUCAUUCGCACACCGCAGCAGCCCUCAGGCGACAGCGGUUAGCAGUGAGGGCUUUUAACACUCACUGUGGCUUUCUUUAACUCUGUCUCUAUUUAACAUCCACUUUAAUACACACAGACACACACAGGACUCUAGUUUGAUUACCCGUGCAUAGUCAUGUAAACUCAAACUCACUAUUUAUGUGCUAUAGAUUCAAUUUAACUCGAGUUUAAAGCCCAUAUUUCAGUCUGAUUUUAGGACAUAGCUUUAUUGACUGCUGUGUUAUUUUAUGAUUUUGACAGUUAAAGCCUAUUUUUACAUGAACUUUACUUUGCUCUGUGCAAAACAUGCAGUCAAAAUAAAUCAGGAGGAGCCACUCCAGCUCAAGACCAAGCCAACUCUUGAAGUCUUUGUUUGCCAAUACCUUGUAAAACAACACACACGUCUUUGGUUCAAGAUGGUAUGAUCCAACACAUUAAUUUUAAAUGUAUUAAUAUGAUGGUGCACUGAGAGAGAGUGCAACAGUAUGUGCACUUGACGCCUUUCUCUAUAACACAUGAUAAGUAUGUUUCAUAGUUUAUAAUCAUGUUACAGCACUGUUUAACUAUGGUUAUAAACACUCAUAAAUAAUCAUAAUGCUUUAUAGCAAUAAUCAUAACACAUUAUGAAGCAUUUUAUCAUGACUUUUACAAGGUCAGGUAUUAUAAUGUGUCAUGAUAAUUGUUAUAAAGCUUUAUGUUAAUUGAGUUCUCUGUUUUCUUUAUUGCAUGUUCAAAAUAAAUCAUUCAUUCAUUCAUUCAUUCAUAAAUCCUGACUUUUUUGGUGCUUAAUUGUAGGGAUGCACCGAUCCGCUUUUUAUACCUCCAAUACAGAUAUCUACAGUUUAGUAUCGGCCAAUACUGAUCCAAUGCCGAUCCAGAAAAGCUGUGCUGAAUUACCUUUUCUUGUAACCUGAAGUUUGACCGGCGCCCCCAAGUGGCCGUCGAGCUUGUAGGCAGAGGUAUUGUGAUAAAGUUUUAAGAUAGCAGACCCCUUUGCUCACUCUAUUUAAAAAUAAUGUGGUCAUCCGUUCAGCGAGUUUACUUGUGGAUGCCACUCACGGCGCAUAACAUAGAGUUAGACUGAAUAGAUCGGCCCUUAUGCAAUGAGCCCAUUGUCACGAUACCCUAUCUAGAAUUUUCUUCAGUAUCAGGACUGAUACCGAUAUCAAAUAUCGGAUCGGUGCAUCCCUACUUAAUUGGCCAUGUGACAUCUGAAGAAAUCAAAGUUGUGAGACAGAAGAGCUCAUGAAACUGUCGUGGUGAGCCGAGCUGAAACAACACAUCAGCACCACUUAUCAUCAGUAUCAUAACGAUUUUAUUACGACUUUAUUCUCGUUAGUAAUGUCCUAAUACUCCGUUGUAAUUCUUUAAUAAUCUAAUUUACUUCAGUAUAAAGUGAAUCCCCUUUAUACUAUGGCUUUAUUUUGAAUGAGGGAGCACACUGAUGUCAAAUUAUGUGGACUUGCUUGAAUACUGAAUGUAUGUGUGUGUUUAUGCGAGGGUGAGACUCCGCCCACCUUCCCAGUAUUUCCUCUUCAUCACAUCAUACCUUGACAUGAAUCAUCCCUGACUCUCUCUCUCUCCUUGUCUUGGAGAAAACGGGCGAGCGAGAAAGCAGAGGACAUGAUGAUGGAGAGAGGCUGAGCGAGGGAAGGAAAGAAGGGGAGGGGGUGAGGGGGAUUAUUCAGAUCCCACCCCAUCUCCUCCUCCCCCACCUCCUCUUCUUCCCCCUGCAGCAUCCCUCCCUCCUGCAUGAGUGUGUGUGUGUGUGUGUGUGUAUGCAGGGUGCACACGGCUUCACAAACAGCAGCGACACACAGGCAGAGUGUAAAUGCUCGUCUUUGUGGGUUUGUGUGACGCUACACACACACACACACACACACACACACCUCUGAGAGGGAGGGCUGAUCAGCAGCAGCAGCGACGAGGAUUUUCUCUCCUCCCUCCCUCCGUUCCUCGCGGUGCGACCUCUCUCUCAUUUCCCUCCAUCUUCAUCGUUGGAUGAUUCACAACCACCUGGACAACGGUGGAGCACGCAGCUUUUUUGGCGCCAUUUUCUCUCCUCCAUCUAUUGGCUGUGCAGCAGAAACCAGCUCGCUUUCAGUUUUUUGUUUUGCACUCUCGGUGAAAGGCGGCAAACAGAUUCACGGACUCCCCUUCCUUUUUGUUGUUGUUUUUUUCCCCACUGUUGAGCAAACACUGGAUUAAUUCAGGAUUUAAAACCUCCUGCUUUUCUCUCUUUUUAGAUGAUUUCUUUGUGGAUGAUUGAGGCAGAAAUUCCGACAACCUUUAAGUUAUUUUUCUCGGGAAUGUUUUUGACUUGUUUUUGUAUUUAAGAAAGGAGGAACAGUUUUAUCUCUUAGAGAGAUUUGAAGCAAGGAUUGUGUUUCAUUUUUGUACAAUAACCCUGUGAGAGUGUGAGAUUGGCACCGCUGAGAGUUUUGACCAAGAGAAGUGAAACUGGGUCAGCGUGUCCUGCCGCCCAAGAGGAGCAGAAUAAGAGCUGAAAUUAGAGUUUGACUCGAACCAAAGUUAAGUUUUCAAGCUUUGGAUUACCGACUGAGACGAUGUUAUGGUCUCCCAGACUUUCGCUGUCCAACUUCCAUGUGAAGCUGACGGCAAAAGGACUUUUCCGAAAUCUGCAGCUGCUGUCGGGAUGCAGGAAGAACACAAUGGUGUUCCACGCAGGUCUGGAUGUUUCCCAAAAACUCUGUGUCCCCCCUCCCCGAUCAUCACCUUCUCCUCACAUUUGUCUUUAAACUUUUUCAUUUGAAGUUUUAGUUCGUGUUUACACCAACCAUCACCUCUGAUCAUCCACCAUCAUCAUCCUCUUUCAUUUUGAAGUAAAAUCGUCCCCGCAGGCCUGACGCUGAUCCGCCACCGUCCCUCGUCCUCCAUAGAAACACGUGGCAGGGUGGGGUUAAACCACACCCAAACACAGGAGAGACCUUAUUCUGUUAGAAACCUCUCUAAUAGAUCAGUAAAUUUGUCAUGAUUACGUCCUAUUUUAUGUCUUAUAAAUUAUCUAAGGUGGCAUCACAAGUUGAGUUUUAGCACAAGAUCAUCCAGGCUUUACCUCGUGUCUCGAUCUGCCUCUACAGAAUUUAAAAAUCUUAAUUUUUUUUGUUAUUUUUAGCACAAAAAAAUCAAAUCUGUGUCACUUUUCUUCUUUCUAAAAUCUUAAACUUGCUCUGAUGGGUGUGGUCCCCUUUUUGAAUCAAGUGUGUCAAUCAGAUUUUUGACCCCAUCCUUCGUAAAGGGAUGCCAAGACUGACUCCAGAUCAGCCUCAAAGGCCUCUUCACUUUCUCACACCUCCUCCUCCUCCUCCUCCUCCUCCUCCUCCUCCUCCUCCUCCUCCUGUUUCCCUGCUCGGCUCUGGCAGCCAUUGUUGCCUCCGUCUCUUUCUCCACUGUGGGGGCUUUCAGUAUUGUGCAAACCGCAGCCACUGUGCACAUACCAGUUUACAAUAGAGUUGUUUUAAUGUGUGUACACGAGUCUGUGUGUGUGUGUGUGUUUGCAUUUGUGCCGGGCUUUCUGCACGAGUGCUUGAGCGGUGGCGUGAUGAAUCGCCGAGGCUGCAGGCUCCCUCGCAGCCCUGAUACCCACGCCUUAAGGGGGGCAACGAUCACGUGACUCACUCACACACAGAAACACAGACCAGAAAUAGCCGAGGACGCAUCUGGCUUUUAUUUAUCCAACCAUUGAAGGGCUGUGUGUAAAAAGCUUCUGAGGAACACGGCAGACCUCUGCGUUAAUGGAUUUGAUUUCUUUAGACUCAAAGAGCUGCUUCAGACAUCCACAGGGCUCCUCUGAAUGUUUGCUGUUUACGCUGCGAGGCGUUUUAUUGUGAAAGGGAAAAACAGUGAAACAGAUGAUGUCAUUGGGGUCAGUCUGCCAAACCAACAACACACUCUGUGUGUACUUAAUUCUGACACUUCUGCUCACGCUCCGCCAUGUAGCUCGUCGUGUACAUUGUGUACUUUCUCAUGUGGAGCGUGAAUCCUGACGGGAAAGUGUUUUCUCAAAUCUGAAGUCUCUACUGCACAUGAGCUCCUGAGAUUUUCUAGAUCAAUUCAGGACAUCAGCUGUGAUAUUUUCAGAGGCUUUCUGUUACACAUGCACUGCGCAGCGAGGGGUUUUCUGUGUCAGAUGUGCUCGGUUUAGCUGAGGAUAGAGUGCGCAGGAGGAGAAAUCAUCCAGAACGGCGGCUGUCUUUGAGUUAAAGGCCACAUAAGGUUUGCGUUUACACAUGCACCAUUUUUUUAUUUCUACUUUUUAUCUUUUUAAGUCAGAUCUUUUUUAGCAAACCAUCCAGGUACCUGCAGUAGAGAAGCAGCAUUCUUCUAUUCCAGACUGUAGAUAUAUUUGCUGUUAACUGGGUAAAUCUACAAAUCCAUGAUGGCUGCCACACAUCACCAGCGUUGGUUUGGUGCAUCAACUGUGCGCAAUCUCAAAAAAAUGAGGUGCAGUGUGCACAGGGGAUCAUGGGAGAGCCAACAAGGCAGAGAGUUUUACAGACAAGCUGAUGGACCGAGUCUGCAAUGAUCAUCCAUAUCUAUAUUUAUAGCUCUAUUAGUCAAUGUGAAAACCUGCAGAACUCAAUGAACACAAGUCUAGAUCUUUUGUGUCCAAACUUGGAGGUACGUGUUGCGAAAACUGAACUAGGGAGUACUAGUAGCUGGCUGUACUUUGUAGUCAAGUUUAUUUAUGUGCAUCAUGACUCUGUAAGAAGGAGGGAAGAUUUUAAACAUGAGUGUAAGCGGGAUUUCACACCUACUUUGUUUGGUCUGGACUUUCUGACUUUUCUGUUUGGUCUGAACUAAACUGAUGGGUGUGAAACCUCCCCGGGACCUUACCUUAGUCCGGACCAAAAAGCCAGACCUUGGUCUGACCAAAAAAAGGUGGUUUUGUUCCGGACCAAACCGAACCACGGUCUGAUUCAUGUCCGGUGUGAAAGCAUUAUUUUGAAAGGUUCGUACCAAAGAUAGGAAAUGAUACAAGGAGUAGAAGUACCUGUUAUUAUGUUGAAUGAAGAAGGUCCAAUGACAGGAAAUUUUAUAUUGUAGAUAAAGUUAAACUUCACCAUUGACAGGUUAUCGUUUCAAGAGUUUUACUGCACAUACUUUUCUCCCAAGCUGGUGUUUCAAUGAGUCGCAGGAUUACAUACUUUCUUUUCCUUUCCUGUCGAUGACGUCAAGUUGUCGUCUAAUAAUCAAAUUCAUGAGACUUCCUCGGACCAGACUCAUGUACGGCUCUUCAAGAGGUAGAAAAUCAAAAGUAGUAUGAUGGUGGGAAUGACCAUUUCAUCCAUGUUUACACCAUUCAAGACCCGCGCUUUUCAACAUGUUGACGCCAGACACCUGCCAGCCUAAUGACCAAUCAAUGUAAAGCACGUAGUUGAUGACGAUAUCUGUUCGUCCAUUGGCAAUAAUGACAGUGUGAAAUCUAAACAGACCAAACUAAAUGUAGACAGUGUAACAAAAACACAGACUUUGGUUUGGACAUUCAGGUGUGAAAACACCCUACGAAGGAUGGAGACAACUCCCUGAGAAUAACUUUCUGUGUCUGUGUUAAAGAGCUGAAUUCGCUCUGUGGGGUCACAGUGACACAAAUGAAGGCAGUAAACCAGAGCUGGAAACUCAUUAGAAAAUCCACUUCAGGGUUUUUGUGUCAGAGGCUUACUGUAAGUCACAAACAUCAUCCAAACAAACAUCAGCGCUCUGAUCAGGAUGUCAAAUAUUCACAUGUGGGACGUUCAUGUGAAAGCGAUGAAGCAGGAGCAGCUGUGAAAGCGAGACCCCGCAGAGAUGAACUUUGUUUAUGUUUUAGCAGAGAAGAUGAAUAUAGAUCUCCCUUAGCGUGAUAUUUGUUCUGACUCGUGUGUUUGCCAGCUUCAUCAGGCCUCUGGGCUUUUACUCUUUGGCAUUAAUUACUUACAUGUGUCUCGGCUAAAUGACUCUCUAAUUCCUUCAUCAUUUCUGACAAAUCAGAUGAUCCUUUUAAAGUCUCUCUCAGCGUGCUCGCUCAUGUUCAGCAGCAAAAUCACAAAUCAGGUCAUGCUCCACAGGCUGUUUAUCUCAUUCGAUUGCUGCUCAAAAACAUGUACCCCUGCUUAUUAAUUUUUUAUGCAGCUGUCUAAUUCUGGAUGUAACAUCACUCUGCUGUUUCUCAGUAGAAUCAUGUUAUUAAUGCCACGCUGAUCACGGAAUCGGGCCCCGUUUAUACAUAUUAUUUUUAAAAACUGAGACAUUAACCAUCAUUUGCACUCUUCGUUUAGAUGCAAAUGGAGAGUUCGCCCCUGAAAAUGAUGCUUUUAAAAAACUCCAGCCAGAGUGGAGAUUUUGGAAAUCUCUGUUUGCAUGUAAACAGAGAAAAAAUUAGUUUGGUAGCUGACAGCAGAUUGCGCGCCGGAAACUGGGUUAAAUGCGACGUUUACGAUCUAAAGUCUUUGUUUACAAUCUAUGGUGAUCAUGGAUGCAUGCAGAAUAGCAGUCACAUUCAUGCUGGUGCAAUCCCUUCGUAUUUGUUAGCAUUUGCAAAUACAAGUUGACAAGACGUUGUUGGGAUUCUGAUUGGCUUAUGUGGGCUCGAGCUUUUCGCUACACUGCCACCUACAGGUUUGGCAUGCUCUUGACAGCAUAUAUACACGGGUUAGUGUAAACGAAAACUUUUCUGAAAACGUAGUGAUGUGCAUGCAGUUUCUUUUGUAAACGGAGAGGGUGAAAUGUCCGUUUAUGAAAAUAGAUGGGCAGAUGUAAACGUGGUCUUAGACUGUGAAGUUGAUGCUAGUUUGUGUGUGCUUGGAGAACCGGUUAAAGAGAUGGACUCAAAUAGAAACGUUUACAAAUUAGUGUUUUGCCAUUAGGUGGAAAGAAGAGAUGAGAUUUCCUCACAGAGCUGGGAGUGCCGUGCUUGUGUCUCUUGGUAAGAUGGUCAACCUUGACUUUCACCCAGCAAACUGAUUUAGUGUGAAUUUUGUAGGGCUGUAAAGUCCGAGUCGUCCGUCCGACUUAUUGGUCAAUACGUGCUGAGCCAACCGAAAUUCUGACUGGUCGACUUGAUUUUUUUUCCAUGUCAAUUUACAAUCUAUGGUUAAUUUCAUCUGGAGGAACAUACCGAGUGCUAAUGGGGAUGUUUUCAGAGCACCCCAGUUUCAGAACUAACAGCCUGUCUCAGUAUAUUGUCAGUAUAUUUUCACCCAGCCAAGUCAGAGUCGGAAAUCCCCCUCCCGAUGAGUCAAUAUUUGGUCAAAAAUUUUAGGGUUUUAGUUGACCAAGAAUUUCUUUUGGUGGUUACAGCCCUAGAAACAGAGCUGGGAGCGCUGUGCUUGUGUCUCUUGGUAAGAUUAUCAGCCUCGACUUUCACCCAGCAAACUGAUUUAGUGUGAAUUUUGUUAUUUUUGCACCUCACUUUGACAAAUAAAAACCUCCUGGUUCUGUACGGAUGGUGUCUGAUGCUGACCUCUGACACAAGCGUUUGGGGAGGGCAUCAUGCACCCGUAUAUGAAAAAAGGAACUAUUCCUUUAAGGCCUGAUAAAAAGGUCACAGAUUCAGUGCUGCUGUCAUGUUGUUUGGUUCAGCUCCGCCUGCACACUCACUCUGCUGUCAUGUUGUUCUGGUUGUUUCCCCGCCGGCCCAUCUGAGCCGAGCAGCACGUGUUUGGCUGCAGCGUGUUUUCGCUGUCUGAGCUCCACAGACCCACUUCCCUGCUGCUGCCUGCCAUCGCUCUGAAAUAUAGGUUACAGCAGGCUUUAGUCACCACAUGUGCACGUCCACACACACACACUCACAGACUCAUGCACGCUGCGCAGCGGUUCAGCUGAGGCUGGCCACUCGUGCAAGCUUUAAUCUGAAGUGGAGGUUUCUGUUUUCCUCCUGCAGAUGAUGAAGGCAUUAGAGGUUGGCUCUGCAGGAAUAUUCCAGUACUUCUGGGCUGCGGGAUGCUCUUAAUAUUUGUGAAACGAGGUAGAGAUGUUCUCUGUGUGGAUCAAGGACAGACAUGUGCUGUUUAUUUUUUUUCAUCCACAUCUGGAGAGUCUGAUCUACAAACCUCAUUUCGACUCUGUUCAUUUUUCACUCCAAAAGAGGUCGCGGUUAAAAUGGUGGAAAUUAUUUGUGCAUUAAUGUCUCAGCGGUUGUUCAGCCUUGUCUUAAUUUGGAGUAUAGACUAGAGCUUUCUAUUUUAACUCCCCAUGUCCUCUUUGACUCUUUAGUUUCUGUCCAUGCAGCUGAAUCGGUUUGGCUCACCUCUCCAGAGAUAACCACUCAAAGUCUUCUUCUGUGGUUUUGCAGCUCUGUAGUUUUAAAGUCAUUAACCGUGUGGUUAGACCCUCUGCACUGCUGCAGUCACUGUUACCCAUUCAUAAGGUCAUACAGAGCUCCCGGGUUCCUUCAGACUGUCGGGUCAAUUUGUGGCGAAACUUUGAGUGUGGCCGAAAAUAAAAUGCAAAUGAGUGAGUUUCCACAGGGAGUUGAAAGAUCUUAUAAAACCUUAACAGCGCCAGGAACCAGACAGAUUUCAAGAUAGAUUAGUGAUGGUUAACUGUGCUGUUUGACACACAUGAAUAAUAUACAGAACGUGAGAGCAGAAAGGGAGACAGUGAGAUGCAUCAGAUGGACUUUAAUCUAAUUUAUCCGCUUCAGACUCAAAAGAGAGAGAUGAAACCUAGAGAGGGAAUUAAAACCACGAUACAUAUAAUCUACAGGAGCAGAGAGAGAAACUGUGUCGUCAGUUUCUGCUUCCUGAAAUCAUACAGCUGAUAUCAUCCCCCCUCUUCCUCAUGUUAAACAUGGAUGUCAGACAGGUGAAGGUUGUUGCUAGGUGACAGGACGGUCUAGUUUGCAUGUAAACGGCUCAAAUAUUGGACGUAUACUCUUGUGAACACGGACACGCUCUUCUCUCCUGUUUCCAUGGAGACAGUGAUGUGAAAGCUGCAUCUUCAGGGUACAGACGAUGAAAAUCUCUUUGUACCUGAUGGAGUGUGUGUUUGUGUUUUUGGAUGUUUUAGUAAAUGUUUAUAAAACUAGAACAGUCAAGACUCUGCUGAUGAUGGUUUCUAUCGAACCUCCUGAAUCGGUGCGUCUUUAUUCAGUCAGCCCUGCAGCUGUGGAGCAUCACUGUUGUGUGUUUUGUUGUUGUUCUGCAGAUGGAUAAAGGAGGUUGAGUUUUGUGUUUGCAUGUUCAAACACAAACAGUGAACUCUUUUUACAGUUUUGGUGGCUUUGGAGCAGCAGCUGUGUUUCUCCUCUAAAUGUAGGUCAACUUGAGAUGAUUAGAUAACCCUCAUUGUGUUGGAAUCUACAAUCACUGCCGUCUUAUCUGGUAUAAGGAUGAUUAUAACAAUAUAUAACAAAUAAUGAAAUAUAAAAAGAGAGGAUGCAAAGAGAUACAAUACAAUAUGAAUCAUUGCAAUAAACCAUAAAGAUGAUGCAGUUUGAUAGAGCAGGACACAAGAAGAUUCAAAUCAGUCUGAUUAAAACCAUUAAAGAGGAUUACACAAUAUGAUACAGAACAAACAACCUAGAACAGUGGUGCACACACUUUUUAGCAUGAGAGCUACUUAUUAAAUGACCGAGUGAAAAUGAUCUACAGACUAUAAAAAUGCUUUUCGGAGGGAACUCGGGGUCGUAGUGUUUAUGAACAGUCCGAAAAUGCUGCUCCACAUUUCCCUUCUUCGGUAUAGCGAUGGUUGACUAACAGAUGAAGCAAACGCACUUCGAAAAUGACAUAGUGGAAAAAAAAAGUCCUCCUCCCACUCCAUACAGAAGUGGUAGAUUUUUGGCUUCUUACUUGGUUCAGCUCCUUCACUCUUUUUUAUCUCCUUUCUUACUCGCUAGAGUUUUGCAGCACUUAGAGCUGUUAUAUGUGCACGCGCAGUGCCGCAUGUGUCAGAAAAGGUCAGAUGACAUCCGCCCUGUACGUCAAUCAAGUGACAAAUUUAUCAUGGGGACGGAUGAUAGGCUGGCGUAUAGUUUGUUUUAAUGCCAUACGUAUACCUUUGCAAUCACCCAGUUGAUCGCGAUCGACGAAAUGGGUGACCCUGACCUGGAAUAAUAUGCUCGGACCAUAGACUGUAUAUACUAUGAACAACUUGUAAAAAAAGAUACUAAGUCGAUGUUGACGUCACUCAUUUGUGUCUACCAGACACCGUAUUAUUAAGGCUGACUCAACCAGACUACAGUCGUACCUACACAAAUAGGACGGCUUUAGCCAAAUAGACGGUCGUUAGCCUCCUCACAAAUAGCUCCAGUGUUCCCGCCUGUCAGUCAAGUCAGCUGUGCCUCUGAUUCACCAAUCUGCUUAGUUUAUUAUCUUAAAACAAAUGUGUUACAAAAACAUUUACUGAGCCAAGCCGAUUUUUUUACCAGCCUGUUAACUUGUUCAUUUUUGCUCUAAAAACUGGUUUUAUUGUUUCUGGUGUUUCUGCAGCCCGCCUCUAGUGGACAAUCAGGGAUCUGCAGUUUUUAGCAUCAGCUUAAAAAAAUGAAACAGAACAGCAGAUUUCUUAGAUUCUAAUGAUACCAAAGAAAAGAAAACAAUAUGAAAAGAUAAAAUAUAAGGGAUAAAAUCUUUUUGAUCCACUUUACGUCAUUAUCCCAUAAUUAAAACUUGUUUUGGACUCGGAGAGCAGCUGAGUGUUUCAUAAUCUUUGAGAAAGUCUUCCAGCUGGCUGCUAAACCUGGCGUGAUUGAUUUAUCAGAACCAGAUUGAAGCUCUGGGAAAAAGUCCAGUUCUGCAAAGUCAGAUCUGAAUUUAAAUCAUGGCGAGUAACCAAACCCUCUGCUGUAGUCUCCCUCGCUGGAUUAAUUUAUAUUCCUGUCCGCCUCGGUAAUCUGAAAACAGCAGAUAAAGACGAUCAAUGAGCUUAGACGACCUGCAGAGUGUCUGCGUGCGUGUCCCUGCUCAUGUCACCGUGCUGGCACACUUUUUCGUCCUGCAAACACAAAUACAGACGAGGUAAUCCGGCGUUAAUCUGCCUCCCAGUAGGCGGUGUUUAAUUCAGUCGGCUGGUCGCAGCCGUGCAGUGAGACCACAGGUUUCAGUUCCUGAGGAGACGUCGGGGUUAAUGAGGGAGCUUAUUAAAGAUGGACCCACAACACUUCUUCAUUUAAUGAAGCCUGAUGUCUGCAACCCCGGAAACAUAAUAGGAGCUGACUGGGACCCAACAGGCCUGAGGGUUUUAGAGGAAUGUAGACCGAGGAGUCGAGACAGUACAAGUUCAAUAUUUGAAAGAUAUGAAUAAAAAUGAACGACAAAAAUAGACUCUGCCGAAUAAUGUCACUUUAAUUUAUUAAAUUAAGCAUAAAUAAUCAUAAUAAUACAUUUUAUUUGUAGGUGCCUUACAAGAGGAGGUUAAAACGAGACAUAAAUAAAUAGUCCACAAAAUAACUUCAAACAUUGAAUGAAAUAGCGGACGUCGACUGAAUCAGUCAGUUUGAAAAGAUGAGUUUCAAGACGGAAUUCGACGAUAGAGAGAGUCGAUGUUAUGGUGGUUCCGGAGCUCAUGGUGGUCAAAUGGCCAGAUGAGACAGUGAGGUAGAGAGAGGAAGAGGACCUGAGAGUGUGAGAGGAGGUCUGAAAGGUCGAGGGGCGAGGUUAUGGAUGGUUUUGAAGGUCAGAAGCAGGAUCGUAAAGGGAUAUUCCGGUGUAAAUUUAAGUCAUGGUCAAACACACCUUAACACCCAGUUAGACUCCCCCUGAAGAGGUGAAUGUUGCUGACAGCUUGCAUUUUUAAUUACAACCUCAGCAAUUACCAUACCAUAGUAAUACAUAAUGUCGCAGGAGAUGCUCUGCGAUCGGACGGUCAUGUUACAGAAGAAUAUAAUGAGAGCCGACCUCAAUGUUUUUCCGAGGCGUGCUUCCUGUGAUUGGUGCGAAUAGGGUUCAGACCAGAAGUAAACCGCUCUAGAGUUCACUUAAAAACGGUCUGAGACCACCCCGACUAGGAGAACCUGAGAGCAGUUGACUGGUCCGCACCAGAGUUUGAGGCCAGCGUUCACACCGACCAAAAUGAACCGCACCAAGGAGGUAAACGCUCCAGCGUUCAGUUCAACCGGACCAAACAAGGCUGGUGUGAACGCGACAUAUGUCGAAGUCUGGGCUUCUCUGCUCAGAAUGCUGACCUCAGAUAAGCAGCUGAAGAUAGAUGGAUGGAUGUUGAGCUUCAUUGUGAUGACGACUUUAAAAGUGACCAAAAUAAUUUGAUGGUAAAACUUGAGGACUGUGUUACAGCCGAGUUUCUUCUUCUCUGUGUGUGAUAGUUGAUCAUAUUUGACCACCCAACUUGCUGGGGUGUGUAGGCCUGUCAGUAAGCAUCUUCACUCUGGUGCUUUUAUUGUUGCAACAUCUUCUAAAAACAAAAUAUUCCCGUCAUUGGCAGUUUCAGUUUCAGAGCUGGAGUACAUCAUAUUUCGUCUGUCUCAGCCCCCACUCCUCUGUGUCCUGACCUUUGUUAUCCUCCCUCUCUGCCCCUCGCUGUGGUAGACGUUUUUCUGGUUGAAAACAGCAGACGGAGGGACCUACAGAGUGAUCAUGAGAUGGUACAAGUACGAAUAAGAUGGUUUACACGACAAUGAUAACACUGAAUCAAAAACAGUCUCAAAAACUAAGAGCUGUGACAAUAUUCCAACAUGUCAGAAGUUGGCUGUAAAUGUCACUGAUUGAGUCUUUAGAUCAGGACUCUCUGUGUUAUCAUGUCUAAUGUCGUCCAUCUUAACUCGAACCCUCAUGACACACUUACCUGUCUGGUCCUGGUCCUGUUUGGUGCUCUGCAUGCUAACAGUGUCGUUUCUCUCUCAGUCUGGGCUCAGCAGCUCUGCAUGGCUCCCCUGCAGACUCCAGGUACUAAACAGUGUCACCUGUACUCACACACACACACACACACAGACAUUUUCAAUGUGUGCUAUGGCAUCAGCCUUUUUCAUGUCUUCAUGAUCUCCAAAAGCAAACAAGAAAAAAAAACUCCCAAAAUGUUUCAGUCCCUGCAAUUUUUGAUCCCUGGAACCACCUCUAGGGGGUUUUGGCAGGUAUCAGAGCAAAUAUUCUCAAUGAGCAGUGUAUUUGAUUGUAAAAAUAAGCAGGAUUUAACCUUUUUUGGGGGGAAAAUAUGCCGAUUAACAAUUAAACUGGUAUAAUGAACUAACAUUUAAACAUUAAUAUUAAAAAUAAAGAGUCUCUCAGUUGUGUUUCCCUUUCUAUAGACUGAUCAGGAUGUUUGUUUCUGUCUUCAGUCGCCUCAUUAAUGAAAAGCGACUCUGUGAUUGACAGCCUCAAACUCCUUUGAUGCUCUAAUGUCACAUCAGCUGAUUGGUGUCUCUCCACCUAAUCACUCUCCUGCUGAAGUGCACAGCAGUCUGAUCGUUUCUAAUUAUGUUCAACCUUUCUCCAACAACACACACUGAUAUUCUCCUGCAUGCCCUGCUCACUGGUUGCCAGCAGGGGGCAGUGUCUCUUAGUGUGGCAGCAACCCUCAGGACUGUACUGACCUUCCUGAACCACACACAGACACACAGCUCAUGAAGCUGACUGAAAUUUUGCUUAUAGAUUUGUAAUACUUUGAAAUUCAGGCUCAAAUUGGAGCUAAAGCUGUUUCAAACUUGAUCCAAACACUUUUUCUCUCCAUUAAAAAUGUAAAUUCGUGGAAUUUUGUUUGAUGAAAUUCUCUUUAACAUCUCCAAAGUCUAUUCACAGCAUGUCAGUGAUAAAUCUCAAAUUGAAAUGAAGCUCAAAUUUUAGAUUUUAGCCUUAUUUAGCCUCACAUUUUUUCAGGUUUCUUUACAAAAAUAGCAGAAAUUUGGUCAUAAGUUUAAUCAUGAGGCUUAUGUGUUUGAAAUUUUAUAUAAUGAAUGCAUUUUCAAGGUAAUCUCUGGUGCAUUCAAGUUGCAGUCAGUACUCACAUGUUAACCUGCCCUCUUCUCAGCAUGAGUCAAAUAUGCAUCAACUUUAAGGUGACACCAGCAUUGUGCACAAACUAUUAAAGAAAAAUCACUGAAGCCAAAUGAAAUCCCCCUCUGAGAAGUACGACCUUUUUCCUCUUUGAGAACUUCAGACUCCACAUAACAUCACCUCUCUCUCGGCGCUGCAGGGUGCACACAUUUACUGGCCCAGUGACUUCACAUCUGCACAAAAAAACCUUCACCUGUCAGAUGUCCUGUAGACUCCACAUGAGCUGAAGAGUGAAUUUAGUUGAUCUGAAAUCUGUCAUAUCUUUGAUUUCUGACUGUGCAGUGUUUUUACGUUCUGGGUCAGAGUGGAUGAAGCUGUACCUCUUUUCUCUCUUGACAAAAAUCUCAAAUAAGAUGCUGCAUCAAGUUUGAGAUGUUGACCCUUGAGUUGCAGCAUUUUUUGCUGCAGGUUUUGCAGAGAGGGUGAUCCAUUCUAGGGCUGUAAUCAACCGAAGAAAGGACAUGCAGUGAGGUUUAUUUCCAGUCAGAGGGUGAUGCUGAAUGCUGUUAAGAUGACGGACAACCAAUAAAAAGAUGGAAGAGAGAGAGAGAUGAGAGAGAUGAGAUGAUUUACGAGGAAAGAAGGAGUGAAGGAAAGUAGAGCAGAGGAGGAGACAGGAGAUGUGUGCUGAUCUCUCUCUCUAAUUGCUUUGUGUCUGGUAAUGCACUCCUUAAUGCACACUCAGGGCCCAUCACACACACACAUUCACACACUUGCGCAUGCACACACUGGCCAUCAUUACCACGCAGUCCCAUGAUGCAUCAGUCUCCAACAGUCAGCAGGGCGUGUUCUCGUUUACCAGAUGAGAGAGGUUGUUUGUGUGUCAUGUGCCGGUGUUCUUGUUUGUUUGUUUGUUUGUUUGUUUACUCUCAGUUUUGAUUGACACCCGUGUGUGUGUGGUUCCUUUUUUUUAAUCAGAGGAUGAGUGAGUGUGUGUGUGGACACCAUGUUGAAUGUCGUACCCACUGCCCGCCGACUAAGAGCUCGCCGUUCUCUUGCAGUGGACAAAAACAAACCCAGGGAGGCUCCGGCGAGACCCGCCAACACCAGCAGCAGCAGCAGCAGCUCACAGGGAGCAGCAGCAGUACAAGGACCACCGGCGGGAGGAACCAACCAGAACCAGCAGCAGCAGCAGCAGCAGCAGCAGCCUCCACCUGACCUGGUAUGCCCUUUAUUCUUCUUCUUCUUCUAUGUUCUGAGAUUCAGUCAUGCGGGUGAAACAUUAGGAGUUAUCAGUGAAGGACCCAGUUUUAGGUCUAAAGAAGUGACUUGUUUUUACUAAUAAUAUUUAAAAGGAAAUUUAAAGUCACUGUCAGACUCUUUACAGGAAGUCUUUUCAGCUCAAAGGAGUGGAGAGGUUCAGUCUGUAAGUCUAUGCAGCUCAUAGACUUACUAUUUCACUUCUUCUUCUUCACUUCUAUUUCAGCUCUUAUAAUACCGAUAUAAAUUCACUUUUGGUUUUUAAAAAAGUGGAUGUCAAAGCUGUUUUUGAAACUUAUAAAAGUGAAUGAUUUACUUUUUAUAUUUACUCUCUGAAUGUGUAAUUGGUUCAAAAAUACAGGCUAUAGGCUCUACAUGUUCAGUCUCUGCUUUCUAUAGGAUUGUUUGAACUAAGUGGACUUAAACUACUGUGAUGACUGAUUAACUAAAAUACUGCAAAUACUACAAAUGUAAAAAUGUAAAAACAAAACUUCUCCUCCCUGCAGAUCAUUUCUAUCCGGUAAAGUGAUGCAUAUGUGGUGUGAGGUUGUUAUGAUACACAUCUCAAUACAUUAGCCAUGAUUUAAAACAUCGAUAUUAAUCAUACAUCAAUACUGAUGCAUUACAGUACAACUAAAGCACCAGUUAAUGUGCUACAAUGUGAUUUGACGGUGGCAUGAAUUAACUCAGUGAAACUUAAAGGGAUAUUCCGGCGCAAAUUUAAGUUGGGGUCAAACACACCGUAAAACCGAGUUAGACACUUCCUCGAGAGAUGAAUGUUGUUGACCACUUGCUUCUCUAGUUAUACCGACUUCAGUAACGACCGCAUGACAGCAAUACACAGCGGUCUAUGUCUCCACGCGCCAACCUCAACCAAAACGCCACAAAUGAUACUCAGAACAGCACCUAACCAUACCACCAGCCAUCAAACAUCUUUUUAGCUUUGCCUGAUUUCUUUAGCAAAGAGACUAAACACAACUCACCUACUCUCCUCCAGCAGCCGCUUGUUUGUGGGGGGAGCUCUGACGAGUCGAUCACUGAGUGCAGCGGAGUUUCGCAGCUAAAGGAAGAACAUUUAUGAUCAUUACUUCAUGGAAAUGAUCCGCUGCACUCGGUGAUCGACUCGUAAGGGCUCCCCUGAAAGUUUGAAUGGAUCAAAUCUUAGCUGUGCAGACAUUUAACAGCUGAUGUUUUUCCAUGCCUUUCAUAAGUUGCAUUCAUGCACAGUGAUCUUGUGUAUGUGUAUUGUGCCUGCAGGAACUAGGUUUUAAAAAGUGCGGUUUCUUCACACGAGCUGAACUUUAGUCUCACCUGUUGUUUUCCAUUUUCAGGCUCCAGACGUGGUGAAUGCUAAUGCUGCACCAGUGACACCAGUUCCAGCCCCCGACACCACCAACACUGGGUCAGGACCUACAGGACCCUCUGGUCCUGGGCUCAAAGCCAGAACAGCGACACGAUCCAGCCCCAGAACCGGAUCCCGCCUACAGACCGCAUCAAAGCCGGUCUCAGUUGGGGCCGCUGUUGUGUCAGAUGGGACGGCGCAGACCAGACCGAACCAGUGCAAAGAGCAGGCGGAGAAGAAGAACCAGGCCAUCAACCAGCUGAGGAAGCUGCUGGUCCAGGGGAACAAGAGGGUGGAGGCUCUGGCCACAGUCAUCCAGCAUCUCUUCACUGAGGUACAGCACCGUUUCCAUGGUUACUGUCAGCUCACAAAAAUUAAAUAACAAGAGUCACGAGAAAACGUCAUAUCCUCGACUUUCUAUGACUUAAAAAACAAACAAAAAAAUGUCUUAAAAAGAUCCCAGGUCAGGUGAGAGAUAUAAUCCCUCCACCUGGUCCUGGGCCGGCCACGAGGUCUCCUCCCAGUGGGACAUGCCCGGAACACCUCCAACUGGAGGCGUCCAGAAGGCACGUCCCAAGCCACCUCAGCUGACUCCUCUCGACGUGGAGGAGCGGCGGCUCUACUCUGAGUGACUCCCAAGUGUCCGAGCUCUUUACCCUAUCUCUAAGGCUGAGCCCGGACACCCUGCGGAGGAAACCCAUUUUGGCCGCUUGUAUCCACCAUCUUGUUCUUUCGGUCAUUACCCAAAGUUCAUGACCAUAAGUGAGGGUCGGCACGUAGAUCGACCGGUAAAUCGAAAGCUCUUUCUUCACUACGACAGAUCGGUUGAGCGUCCGCAUCACUGCUGAUGCCGCUCUGAUCCGCCUGUCGAUCUCCCGCUCCAUCCUACCCUCACUCGGGAACAAGAUCCCAAAAUACUUGAACUGGUGGUGUUAAAAUUACUUAAGUAAAAAGAAACUUGGGUCCAAAAAGUAAUAAAUAUAACAAUAAAGCACCAAGUAAAACCAUGAGUUUUUGAAACCUCCUGCUUUUAUUUGAGAUUAGUUUGACGCAGCCUGAGAGUCACCAUCCAGUCUCCCUGAACAAUUCUCCUGUCUCUGGUAAAUAUGGGGGAUUACUUUGUGCUGAAGGGUCGUUUUCCUCCACAUGAAAAGCUGAGAUGUGUUCGAACAUGUUAGCAUGUUCUGGUGGAGAGCAGCUUGAAGGGGCUGAAUGAGGGGAAACAGUUAUCUGCACACCCUCCCUCCCUUCCUCCUUCCCCUUUGGCGAAAUAAAACAAAGCCGGUAAUUAAAGCCUCUGUGCUGUUGUCGUUGGUGAUAAGGUGGUGUUUCGUUUUAAGAGGCUGGGUGAGAUUCUUGAAGAGGAGGAGUGGAGUUUUAAUGGAUGUUUGUUAGAGGAGGUGAUGAGGCAGCAGGGAGAGGCUCGUCUGACUGAGCAGCAGCUGCCUUCAAAAACAACAACAAGUAGAAGAGGAGAUGAUGGCUGGAAACGUAGAGAUGAGGGUGUGAUCGUGAUGGAGGGCCUGCUUAGUAUUCAGGAUCAUAACUUUACCCUCAAAAAGAGGUGAAAGACAUUUGAACAGGGUGUGAUUUUUGUGCAUGUUUGCUCCUGCAGGCAGAUCUCACGGGUUUUUGUCAGGCUCAGCAGCUCUCUCAUGGUGCUUUUCUUCAUGGUAUAUAUAUAUUUUCUUUCUCUAAAGUCAACUCCGUUUAUACAAAUGAAAAUAAAACGUCCAAAUGUAAGAUCAAAUUCGACUCCAUGCAGCAAGAGAGAUUUAAAAAACACAAAUUAAGUUUGAUUUUAGGUUUAUUUCAGAAAAUCAGGUCAAAUAUGACAAAAAUAAAAGUCAUCUAAUUAUUAUUUACCUCAUUCCUGGCUCUGGUAUUAAAAAGAUUUAUUUUCAUCAUCUCAACCAAACUUAAAUCCCCAAAGACAUUUUUUCCUCCUUUUUUCCAUUUUUGAUAUAUUAACUAAAUUGAAUUAAGCAGAAAUGGAAAAAGCAACUAAAAGUUAACGGCCAACUUUCUCUCUCUCUCUCUCUCUCUCUCUCUCUCUCUCUUCCUCUCUCUCUCACUCUCUUCUCUGUAUCACUCUUUUCCCCUCUCUCUCUUUCUCUCUCUAUUGCUCUCUCUCUCUUUUCCCUCUCUCUAUCUCUCUCUCUCUCCUCUCUUUCUCUAUCUCUCUAACUCUCUCUCUCUCAAUCUCUCUCUCUAUCUCUCUCUCUCUCUCUCUCUCUCUCUCUCUCUCUCUCUCUCUCUCUCUCUCUCUCUCUCUCUCUCUCUCUCUCUCUCUCUCUCUCUCUCUCUCUCUAUCUCUAUUACUCUCUUUCUCUCUCCGCUCUCUCUCUCUCUCUCUCUCUCUCUCUAUCUCUCUCUAUCUCCUUAUCUUGCUUCCCGUUCUCUCUCUCUCUCUCUCUCCUUCUCUUGCUCUCUCUCUCUCUCUCUCUCUCUCUCUCUCUCUCUCUCUCUCUCGUGUCCUGAUAAAACAUGACGGUGUUAUUCUCCUCUGUGAGUCUCCGUCUGGUUUCAUAAGACUUGAAGACGGUUAAUCCCGCUGUGGGCCGGUUAACCGCAGGUUAAGCCGUCUCUGAUUGGUUCGUUCAGACACCAGGAUGCGUCAAUCACGGACCUCCCGGAUGUUAGAGGCUGCUCGGUAAAUGUUUGCUCUGUGAUUAGAGGGACGAGUGAUUUUCUCUUUGCAGAGUCGAAGCUAAACACACAGCUGACACAUCACUGGAGCCACAAGAGUGAUCGUUAAAGAGGAAACUCCUUAACCACCUCAUGUGAAACCUCAUUAGAGUUUUUACUCUGUGUGUGAAUUAACACUUAAAAUAGAUCUGUCAUCACUCUGAGCUUUAGUCUUUUAUUCUUGUUCGCCAACACUGAUGAGAUGCAUUUACGCAAAUUUGAUCUCUGGCCUUUGGGUCUUCUUUCUGUUCCAUACGGAAGAAUAUUAGGGCCACUGAGAAAGAAAAAGGUUUUAUAUCAGUUUUUUUAUAUGUAUUAAAAUAAAAAAAUAUAUUAUUAUUAUCAUUAUUAUUAUUAUUUUUAUAUUGUUUGUAUCUUUUUUUCAGCACUAUUGUUGAUUUAAAAAUUUAGCAAAAAUUAUUUACCUUAUUUGCACUUUUUAAUUUAAAUAAAAAAUGUAAUAUUAAAAAAAAAAAGAAUGCUAAAUCAAAGUCAAAAUUCUGACUUUAUUAUUAUAAUAAUAAAAAAAAUAUUGGAUCCUUUUUUUUUCUUUUCUAGUGGCCCUAAUCUUCUUCUGUAGUUUCACUUAAGCUUUUCUUCCAAAAUCUACUUAAACUACAAAAGUUAUUUAUAUCUUACGAUACAUUGUGUACCAUGAAACUAAUCUACCAUAAAUUGUCUAAUUGUUUCCGAACUGAGGGUCAUAAAUUAUAAUUUAUGUAAAAAGUUUAAGAUUAUUAAAAAGCGGGAAAUGUCCCUUUUUCAUAGUUACUACAAAUUUAAGGCUCUUUUUUUUCAGCAAGCAAAAACAUGACAAAACAAAAUCAUGAAAAGUGAAAUAAAUCUGGCAAAAUAGGUCUUCUCACAAAUGAAUAAACUGUCAUUGGCUGCUUUCCUUUAAUGCCCUCUGAUAAAAUAAACUAAAAUAAAAAUAAAAAGAAAUGUGAAUAAAGGUCGAGAAUACAGACCAAAAUCAUAUAUUAUUAUAAAAUAUAUAUAUUUAAAUAUAAGCACAUUUUAUUUGAGAGAAAAUUGAAACAAAUUGAUUAUAUUUUCUGCAUUUCCCUCCUUUUGUCCGUUCAGUGUUUUAGUAUUCGAUCAAUGCUUAAGGCUUAAAUAACUCUCUUAAACUCUUUUAGGGCCUGUGUCCACUGACAGCAGUUUUUGGGGCGUUUAUUGCCCAUUUUCAUGCAAAACCAAAUCAGUUCAGUCUUUUCAUCAUUUGGUGUCCUAAAAAAUGUGAAAUCAGUCUAAGUAUCAACUGUUUUUUGUUGCUGCUUUUAACUGAAUAGCCUUUGUCACUUCAGAAUCAUAAAGGGGUCCAAUGUUUUUUGGUUUUCUUGGUAAAAUUUCCUCGAAUAAGAGCGAAUUUAAAGCAUGCAGAACAACCUUAAAAGACUAAAUAAUCUCUGAAAAGGGAAGUGGAAAUGCUGCAGAACAUUUUUCACAACCCUGUAACAGCGCCGGUGUACACGAUGCCCCCGCUUAACAAAAAUAAAACAACAAUCAUCAAUGGACACAGGCCCUUAAAUUUGUAUUCCUUACAGAUUUAUUCUUUCUUGGUCACAAUCAAAGCCACAAACUACAGAAGUCACAGAUAAAAACAGUAUUUUGUGCUUUAAAUAUCUUAUCCAGAUGAAAAUGUGUACUGAAAUCUAAGGAAACAUACUCCAGGCAGAAACAUUUCUGUUUUUUAACUUCCCUGCGAGGAGAAAACCAUCUAUCAAGAACAAGUAUCCCCUCAGACAGAUUACUGGUGUAAGUUGCCAGUGAUUUCAGAUAGUUUAUGCUCUUUUAGACUAUUUCUGAAGCGUACCGGCCUGUGUGUGUGUCUCUCUCUGAGUGAAAGCAGCUCUUUAUCUUUAGUACAACCUGUUAUCAGCAGUAAAAACUUCACACACCUACGGCGGUGAGUGUGUGUGACCGUUACAUAACUCCCUGUGCUGUCCUCGAUAAGAAUAGUUUUGUGGGUUUCCAUAAAUGCCAUUUUUCUGCGGUGUUUCGGACCACCUGAGAGAGAGAGAGAGAGAGAGAGCGCCCAGGGGUUAACAGAGCUGGAGCCAGCUCGCUCGCCUGGUUAUUGAUUAGACUGAUGGCGUGCUGUAAAGGGGGAGGGAUGGAUAGAGAAGAGGGGCGGAGGGAGGGGUGUAGGAAUGCAGCAGCUGCAGAUUUGGCCCUGGAGCUCUUUGACUCCUGCCUCUCAGAUAAUGUUUGUGUGUUUUAUCCGAAGCAUGAAUGCCAAAGUUAUCUAAUCUGCGCUGCACACUUUAAAGGUGAGCGGUGAAAAUAAACUGCACACUUGAUGCAGAGCAAGAGGGGGGAAUGGGGGCUGUUUGGUUUCACUCAGAGGGUAGUGGUUUUGGUCUGGGUGGGGUUUUCCUCAAAUUUCAUUUGACUAAUUGGUGCUGGUUUGUUCUUUUCACUCCGACUUCUUUGUCUGUGAAUGUGUCGUAUAAAUGCCUCAAGGGGGGCAGAAGAUUCAACAACCAAAAACAAGAAACUUCUACACAGUGAUGAGUUUCUUUUUUAAAAGUCAGCUGUUUGUUUUUGAGCAGAUUUGUCCGUCAAUGUAACUCCUUUUUGAUUUACAACAUUUUUGGUUGCGUAUUUUAAAAAAAAAAGCUUUUGACCUCAAAGAAAGGUUGUUCAGUCAUCGUCAGUUUGAGGUAAAAUCACUCUGAAGAAAACUCAUUGACAUGCGUCCUCGGGUUCAUCUAGAUCCUGUACGUGUGAAUCUGCUGCGCCCUGUAACUGUGAUGUGUUUCAUUCGCUCUCGAAAUUUAAAAUUCAUCACCUGGAAAACCCCUACGAGUCAGAUCAGGAUCCAAGAUGGCUGCCCACGGCAUCAACAGUAAAAAAGCUGCACUUUUAAAAGAGUUCAUCUUUUUUGUGCGCUGAAAUCAACCCGCCAGUGUUGCUAUGGCGACAUCAGUCUGAUUAGCUACCCCCGUAUGCUUAUCUCAUAAUAGGGAUUGUUAUUACUGGGUCUUAAUUUGAUUUAAAAUGGGUUAUCAAGAUAUUUUACAAAGUCACCGUUAUUGGGUAAAGUUUGUUUGACCUGAUUAAUACGGUGGCCCCUGAGGUGCAAAUCAAAACAGCAAAUGAGAAAACACAACAAAAAAAAAAAAACAUAAAAAGGAAAAAAAACACAGAAGAGGAAACACACCAAAACAGCAAAAAAAACCAACAAAAAAAAAGAAACCAGAAAACACAACAGCAAAUCAGAAAAAACAACACAAAAAAAACAACACAAAAAAAACAAAAGAGAAAACACAACAACAACAACAAAGAUACAAGAACAAAACAGAAAACACAUAAAGAGUAAAGAAAACACAAUGUAGGAAAGACAACCAAACAGAAAACAAAAUGACAAAAGUGAAAACAUCACAAAAAGAGAAAACAACAACAGAAAACACAAAAAGCAAAAACACAACAAAAGAGAAAACAACAACAGAACAGAAAACUAAUCAACAAAAAGAGAAGAUGCAACAACAAAAAAGAAAACACAACAAAUCAGAAAACACAACACAAAAAGAGCAAACAUAUCAAAACAAAAAACAAAAAUAGAGAAAACACAAAAAAACAAAAAUAGUGAAAACACAACAACAAAAAAAGAAAACACAACAACAAAAAGAGAAAACAAUGGCAAAUCAACAAAUGUGUUUUCUUAUUUGUUGUUUUCUCUUUUGCUGUUUUUUUCAGUUUUCUGCUUUGUUGUUGUGAUUUCUAAUUAUGGAUGUGUUUUCUGUUUUGCUGUUAUGAUUUGCACCUCAGGGGCCACCGUAGAUUCAAGGUAAAGGCAGUGUGUUUCAGGUUACAUAAAGUUUAAAUGGUUUACAGGUGAAAAUUUUCAAGGUUAGGUAAGCGUUUGAGUGAAGACAGACGGAGUUCAAUCCAGAUCCACCAGUUCUGUUCGUAAACCACCGAGAUAAGAAUAAAGACACGAGGGGAGAGAGGGCGAAGAAAUAACUCGCAUUCCUCUAAUCAUACAGUACCCAGACAGGAGGAGGAGGAGGAGACAAGGGAGGAGGAGACAAGGGAGGACAGGGAGCUCAGUGGUGAACAGGUAGAGAGCAGGAGGAGGGUUGAGCGAGCACAGAGAGAGAGAGAGAGAGAGAGAGAGAGAGAGAGAGAGAGAGAUCCAGUGGGAGGGCAGAGAGAGAGAGAGUGUGAAGGAGGAAAGACUUCAUAACAAGAGAGAGGAGCACGUUGUCAGAAGUGUGUGUGAGAGAGAGAGAGAGUGUGUGAGAGUGUGUGUGAGUGUGUGUCAUUCACUUGGACUUCAUGGGCUCUACCGUCAGCAAAGCGCACGCCAAGCCGAGGAAGAUUUCCACUCAGCGCCGCAAGAAGAAACGCAAGGUGUGUGAGCGUGAAAGUCUUCUCUCUCUCUCUCUCUCUCUCUCUCUCUCUUUUGUUUCUCCUCUGUCGUUCUCUGGGAGCUGAAGACGUCAGGGGGAUUAAAGGUUUUACCAUCAGGUCACUUUACAGGAUUUCAGCCGAGUGAAUUUCAAAAUCCCCGGUUGACUUCUCUGAUCACAUUAGCUGAUGGUGUUUUCAGCCUAGUCAGCCUGAUUCAGACCUCGAACGUCCCUGAAGUUAUGAAAUAAUACGACUCGACCCUCCUCCUCCUCCUCCUCCUCCUCUUCCUCAUGGUGCUGUUUUUCCUCUCUGAUAAUAACCUCUCAUGUUUAUAAUCUCACUUUUGCAAGCUCUCUUCUGCCACCGUCUGCUUUCUCACUUUGCUGACCUCUCAGACAGCAGAUGGACUUUAUGACUCUGGGUGUGUGUGUGUGUUUUUGUGUGUGAGUGUGUGUGUGUCUCCAUUGUAAAUUCCUCUAGUCUUCUUGUGAGGCUGCUGUCUUUGUGUGUAAAUCUUGUUAUUUAAUCGAAUAUGGAAGAGAGUCGAGCACUUAGGCUUAUCAAGUCCUCGUCCGUGAGUGUGUGAGUGCAAAGAGAGGGAAAUUAUUGUUUGCAAAAGCAUUUCUGGAAGCCUCUAAAUAUUACAGACAUUACUUAAGCCGGUUGUGAACUCCUGCAGGGCUGUUGUCUGAUGUUUUCACUUUUUAAGCGUGUAAUCUGCACGCUCUUUAGGUGAAGUUUACCUAUUUUUAAUACGAGGUUCAAACUCUAAGACUCUUGUUUCAAAAAAGAAGCAGAGUCCAGAUUUUUUUUUAGUUUUAAAGAUUAUUUUGUCAGAUUUUCCUGCGGUAUGAAAGUCGUUUUACUCCGAAGGCCAAGACUAAAAGUUGUUAAAAGUCUUAACAGAUGUGAUUGUGAUAUUUUUACAAAACACACGUGUUGUUGCCCCAGAUCAACAUGUUGUUCCUCCGUUUGUGAAUUACAUCUGACUUCAUGCUUUGUGUUUACUUUUAUCAUCAUGAGUUGAUUUGUUUUGGUUCCUUCUUUAGUCAGCUUGCCAAAGUGCCUCCUCGGCCACCCUCAGUUUUUUCUUUUUUCAUCCUUAGUUAGCUUAAAAGGAUAUUCAGGCAUAAAUAUAAGUUAUGGUCAAAGACACUGUAACACCAAGUUAGACACCCCCUCAAGAGAUGACUGUUGCUGACUGCUUGCUUCUCUAUUUAUACCAACUUAUACCAGCCAUAGUACUAGCCAUCAAACAUCUUUUAAGCUUUGCCUGGUUUCUUUAGCAAAGAGACUAAACACAUCUCACCCACUCUCCUCCAGCAGCCGCAUGUUUGUAGGGGGAGCCGUGAUGAGUUGAUCACUGAGUGCAGCGGAGUUUCACAGCUGAAGGAAGAACAUUUAUGAUCAUUACUUUAUGGAAAUGCAAUCAGACCGAGACGCUUAGGCAGACGAACUACCGAAAUGAUCCGCUGCACUCAAUAAUCGACUUAUCAGGGUCACUUUUCACAAACAAGUGGCUGCUGGAAGACAGUAGGUGAGUUGUGUUUAGUCUCUUUGCUAAACAAACCAGGCAAAGUUAAAAAGAUGUUUGGUGGCUAGUACUAUGGCUUGGUCUCUAUAUGUCCUGUUGAUGAAGUUAGGUGCUGUUCUGAGCGUUAUUUGUGGCUAUAGAGUGGCGUUUAGGUUGAGGUUUGUUUAUGGCUCCUCAGACCGCUGUGUGUUACUAUCCUACGGUCGUUACCAAAGUUGGUAUAACUAGAGAAGCGAGCAGGUGUUACAAUGUGUUUGACCCAAACUUAAAUUUACGCCAGAAUAUCCCUUUAAAUCAGCGUUUCCAUCAGUGCUUCAGAGAUUUAUCACAUCUGGCCCAGGACGACCCUGCAUGAUCCUCACAACCUCACCUCUACCAAACAAAUGACCUGUGAACGAGAUUUUGGGUUGGGAUGGCGACCCCCAUUGAAACCAGUAUGCAGCAUCACUGAGACUGUGACUGUGUUUUAUAAUAAACCACAGCUUUGGCAUGUACGAUCCAUGUCAGGUCACCCUCACUUUCUCUUUUGACUUCGUAAAUUUCCAGUAAAAAGUCGUCCUUUAACUUCCAACGCCACUUUAUCUUGUCUCGUUUGUGCGUGCCAACGCUAUAUUUGAAAGAUUUAAAGAGUUUUGACUCUGGUUUUUAUAAAUGAAUCUAAUUGUGUUUUAGUUGUACUAGUGCUGUCCAUGCUCUGUCAUUUCUUGUUGUCAUUUGUGGUGUCUCUCAGACUUUUUUAACACUUUUAAAACACUUUAAAAGUCUUUCAGAUAGAGCCAGUCUUGAGUUUGGUUUGUUCAGUUCCAGCUGUGAUUUAGUUUUCUUCAUUGUCUAUAAGCUUGUUCUUAUAUUUGAUCAACUGUUCUAUCUUCACGAGAGCGCUCCUGCUCAUUACUCUGCCUCAAAAAUAUGCAACAGUUCCCUUGAGUUGGAGCAUAACUCUUCUCCGUCUAAAACCCCGACUCUAUCCGCUCUGCAAAUUCACCUCAGCCUGCAGCUCUGAAUCAGACUGUGAGGACUGUUUUUAGCCUCAGAUUGAAAUCCUAAAUGUAAAGACAUCCUAACAGGGCAGAUCUCUGGAAAAAGACUCUUAUUUUGAAAGGACAAAACAGCUGCCAGUAAACUCUCUUUUAAACCACCUUGGGGAUCAUUUGGAUGGGUCAGGUUUUUCUUUACUGUCCACUGGUUUAAAAGUUUUUCUUUGGAUGGAUCAGUCUUAAAAGUUUCAGACAGUUUGACACUUAAUUUAAGAUUUUCAGGGUAAAACAACAAGAUCUUUGAGUGGGCAAAUCUUCUCAGCGCAAAAGUCUUGGUGCAAAGUAUUUAGCUUUUUUUGCAGUGACACAGGUUCUAGUUUUGGCCCCUAACUCACCAGAUGAUUUUCUCCUUCUGUGCAGCGAGAGGAGGUCUUGAAGCAGAAGAAGGAGCUGUCUCUGGAGCUGACCAACCUCCGAGAUGAACUGGGUAAGAGACGCUUCUUAUGCACAUCCACACACCUGUCCAUGAUACCAAAUGCUAAUUCAUAAGUCUGCACAUGCUCUGUCUCUCUCUGGUGCAUUUGCAUGACACGCACACAGACACACACACUCACAAAGCUUAUCAAGGCCGGGUCAACUGCCAUUCAAAACUCAGUGUUAUUUCUGUUGUCGUACCGGCGUGCAGCUGCUCCUCACUGUCAGCACAGCUGUCCUCGGCACAGAGCACCUGUGUUUUCACGGGCACACCAGGACUUGUGGAUUAUCAUUAUUGAGCUGUGAGGAUCGAAGUUUUGACACACCGGCGUCAUGAGUGUUCAAAUGUGUACACCUGAGGGUAAAACAAGGCUGAGGUUUAGUCUCUACCUGAACUUACCUUUUGUAAACACAUGAAAUAUAAAGAACGGUUCUCUGUUGUUUUCUCCUGUGUAUGACUUUUUAGUGACUUUUCCACAUUCAGCCCUCAAACUAAAUAAACUCACCGGACUAAUAACAGCAGUCAGAGCGUUUGUGGUGUUGUAGUUUGAAUGAAAAAACAAAGGCUGUUCCCCAAAAGCAGAAUUUAGAAAUCUUGGAUGAAUGAAAAAAGCGAUGCUUGACCUCGUGUGAUCUGUUCACAUCAGCUCCAUCUAUUACAGGCUGUUUAGCUGGGAUUAGGAGUUGCGACUUUACAAACCAGGUGUAAGUAGUUCUCGCAAAUGCGCUUUCGCUGCUUCCUUAACCAGACUGUAAGGUCGAUUACAGAUUUGCUGAUGCAGACAUCGAGAAGACAAACUUCAUGUAUCUUUUACAGAGCAGUGGCUCAGAUGGAAACAAACAAUGAAGUAAAACAAACUUUAAAUGUGUGUGACGGACUCUGACCUCCUCGGACAGUCCAGAAAACAAGCCUGACAGGUCAGCUGGUCACUCUAAACUCCCCGCAUUAGUAUGUUAUUCAAAGUCCAUUUUCAAUCAGACGAAAUCGUUUUGACCUUCAAGUAAUUGAAGUUGGUGUCAGCCCUGAAAAUCUGCUAUCUCUCGACCCUGCACCAUCGGGUUGGUUUGGACCGUAGUCUUCUACUUCUUAAAAGGACAGAUGAUGGAGUGCUUCAAAUUCACAGAUUUUGUCAUUAGUUGUUUUAGCUCUGAUAAACUUUCUGCAAUAUGUACAUCAUUUAUUUUUUGUGGUUUUGCUUAUUUACAUAUCUUCAAUACAUCAUAAAUUCUUCAACAGAGGUGAUCUGAUGACAUUAAACUUGAGGAUGUUCUUCCUCCUUUUCCACCACUUGCAGCAUUUUUUCUUUUCUUUUUUUUUUUUUGGCUCCGAAUGGUCAGUGUUUUUGCAGUCCUGCACCUGCUAAGGUGAACAGAUUUUUUACAUCAUUUUUUCUCUUUACUUUGUGGAGAUCACACUAUAGGACCACGAUCGCCAUAUAAAUAAGGUUCAUAAUAAUUUCCAAUCUCUCUAAUCGUCAACCAUGACUUUAAAUAGUCCGUUUGGAUUCAUGACAUUAUCUGUGUAAGACAGAACUAAACAAAACAACCACUCAAAGCAGACAAACUUUUAUUUUUUUCUUUUGCAGUCAACAAAAGCGAUUCAGGCCUCUUUUAUAUCUCCAGUUUUAUUUGACAUUCAAACACACAGCAAACAAACUGCUGCUCAGGUUUAAAAAUACCUGAUAACCCUGGAGGAGUAACCCGCCGAGCAGCGUGAGUAUCAACAGCUGCUAAUACAUGGAGGCAACCCUCUUAUAUCCAGUCAGACUGCUGCAGUGGAAACUUUUACACUAAGUCAACAUAAUAAUUAUAAUAAUAAUAAUAACUCUUAAUGUUUCCUGGCUCUACCUCAGAAAACUAUUAAAGAACAGUUCCCAUGUUUAGUGUUUGUGUGUAAAAGGUGUGUGUGUGUGUGUUUGAGGUGUGUUACUCUGCAGGAUUUGGCGAAAUGCCAUCUCGCUGUCAUCAAGACGAUCACCUUUUCAGGCCUGAUGGUGACAAACAGACGCCGAGCAGACACUUCAGACGUACAUGACAUAUUUGAUCCUGAGACACGUGGCUCUAUGAAUGACUGACACCGCACUUCGAGAGCUUUCAGGAGGAGGACAUAUUUCCUCGACGGAGAUUAAAACUCCUUGUACAACUGCUUGUACAAACUUUGUUUUCUAAAUAUCAGCUGAUCCUGGUUUGUAUUUGACUGUGUAUCGUGUCAACAGCAGCUCGGCCGGUUUGGUCGAUGCAUCAGGAUUAAUAAAAAUACACACACAGACACACACACCUCUACUGUCUAUUUACACUAAGACUUCAAAAGUGACGCUCAUGAACACAACACAAAAGCAUGCAGACAAACAUGCAGGCAGUUUAUUUACAUUGUUUUAACCAGGAGACGACUUGAUAUUAGGCGCUUUUACUUCAGCCAAUAAUUAGAUUUUUGCUUCAGUAACUGGAUUAAAUCGCCUAAUUGAGCUUUAACUCUGCAUGUAGACGUACUGAUCAAUGCACAGCACAGUGUUUACUAAUGUACUGAUGUCAGUCAACAGGGCGGAUAUUUUAUGGUAUAUCAGUUCAUCCCUCGCCUUGCCUCUAGUCAAAAUAUCAUCAUGAUGUCAAACCUGAAAUGAUUAAAAUUCAUGUGAAAAAAUGUUUAUUUAUAAAAUAAGAUUCUGACAUGUCUGAGUGAAGUUCACUGCUCAUGUUUAAUAUUCAGCACACGAGUUUGAAGCUGCAGGUUCACUGUCAGAUCAUGGUCUUAAUUCUGCUGUGUGAUUGGCAGGCUCUUAAAAAGCCUUAAAAUGUCUAAAAUUCUCUUAAAAUCCAAUAAAAUGUCUCAAAUACGAUUUUGAAAGGCCUUAAAAAUUGAUUGAUUUAAAGUAAUGUAAAAUGUUCCAAAUUCCUUCAAUUUUUUUUAACUAUUUUGCCAGCGUGGAUAUGAAAUAGGUGUUAAAUUGCAUUCAUUACGGUCUAAAAAGUCUUAAAAAGUUUUAAAUCCAGUAAUUUGAAUUUAAGGCAUUAAAAUGUCUAAUAUUAUCUUAGAGUCUUAUAAAAUGUCUUAAAAACAAUUUUGAAAGGUCUUAAAAAGGUAUUAACUUAAUGUACAAAUAGAUAAUGUGCCAUAUGAAUAAAGAUAUAACUUAAAUAUUGUAAAAUGUUCCAGUUUCCUUUCAUGUCUUUUGUACUUUUUUGCAAGUAGAGAUAGUAAAUCGGUUUUAAAUUGCAUUCUUUAAGGCCUUAAAGGAGUUCUUAAAAGUCUAAAAUCCAAUUAUUUGAAUUUUAGGCCUUAAAAGGUCCAAAAUUCUCUUUAAAAAUCCCUUAAAAUUUCUUAAAAAUGAGUUUAAAAGCUCUUAAAAAUGUAUUAAUUUAACUUAAUUUAACUUUUUUGCCAGUAUGGAUGUUAAAUGGGUCUUCGAUUGCAUUUAUUACAGUCUUAAAAAGUCUAAAAUCAAAUAAUUUGAAUUUAAGGCCUUAAAAUGUAUAAAAUUCUCAUAAAAUGUCUUAAAUAUGAAUUUAAAAGGCCCCAAAAAAUGAAUUCAUUUGAAGAAAUGUAAAAUGUUCUGAUUUCCUACAUGUUUUUGUACUGUUUCGCCAGUAUGGAUGUCUAAUAGCUCUUAAAUUCCAUUCAUAAUGGUCUUAAAAAGUCUUAAAUUUGACUUGUUAAAACCCGCAGAGACCCUGGAUUGGCUCUCAGAUUUCUGAAUAUUCAUUUUAAAGAAAAUCACCACAGUUAGUCACGUUUUAGCGGCUCUGUCUCUGGACCCUUUUCUGACCCACUCCUACUCACAGACUCCUUCACAUCUCUGAGUUCAGAUUAAAAAUAACCUCAUCUGUCUUUUUAAAUACACAGCAUGUGGGCGCACCCACACACACACACACACACACACACACACACACACACACACACACACACACACACACACACACACACACACACACACUUGCUCUGGAUGCCAUGUUAAAUACAGCUUCAGAAUACACACUUUACCACCCUGCCCACACACACACAGUCACUCAGAGCUGAAAAGCACAUACUGUUCACCAACACUUUCUCUCUAACACCCCCCUCCACACACACACACACACUCACACCACACACACACACUUUCCCUCCAUCCAUCACUCUUAAAGCUCCGACUGUAAUCUCUCCUUUUACUGCAAGUUUGACCUUUGGCUCGUCUCUGUACACACAGAGCUGAGGAAUGUCAGCAAUGUGUCGACCCCUGCUGCCGCCACACACACACACACAAACACACACACACACACACACACACACACACACACACACACACACACACACACACACACACACACACACACACACACACACACGCGGAUCUGUCUUCAUAGCCUAACUGAACAGGAACAGCCAGUUUGAGUCUCUUUGAGUAAUGUCAGGCUGUUUAAUAGUUUUCCUGUGAUGUUUGACGGCGCAGAGUUAAAGUAGAAGUUGUCCCCGAGCGUCGACUUUAUUGUUGUUUCUUUUGUUUGUGUCAUUUCUGGGUGUGUGUGUUUUUUUUUUAAUGCUUCUUGCCUAAUAAAGUGUUUCAACCUGAAACUCCUGAAAGGAUAUUUUGCUCUGAGAUGUUGCUCUUAAUGCAGACAGUGCUGCAGAAAGUACGACACAUUUCCUCCCAGAGAGAGUCAAAAGUGACUCUGCAAGCAGGCUCAAGUCUCUCCUGUAUGAUUGAUGUUCGCCUGUGUGGGAGAUAUUUGUUCCUGAGGCACUUCGAACCCUUUCCAUGAUGUUUGACUUUUACUGUUCCUGUCAGCGGAGGGAAAAAUCUCUGUGAAAUAUCACACAACCUCAAAAAAAGUCUGAUUUAUUAGUUUGAGGGUGAAAUCAAGUUUUUCCUGAUUCACUGAAUUCCACUGCGCUUUAAUACGACGGUGUGGAGGUGAACUGUACACUGUGUGCUAACCAGCCUGCUGCCAACAUGAAGAAGCUUUUAUUCACUCAGUUUGUUUUAAAGUUUCUUUAUUUACGAGUUUACCUUUUGGAGAGCAGGUGUAGACCUCUGAGCGUUAGGAGUGUGCAGCUGGGUUACCGCUGACCCACAUAUGGAGGUUACGCUUCAUGCAGCCGGCCCGGUUUGAUGUCAGCCUGCAGUUCCUUUCAUGCACGUCACUCCUUUCUCUUAUUCCCAGCUCAAUCCACUGUCCUCUCAAUAAAUUAAAAUAUAAUAAUAAUAAUAUUUUGCAUUGUAUCGGCAUCAGCUAAGUCGUUCGUCUUUCUCCAAAAUAGAAUUAAUCUACAGAAAAAAUAAAAACAAUUAUAGUAGUAACCCCCCCUGGACAAGGCCGGACAGCCCCCCAAAAAGAGGACAUGUCUGGGUAAAAGAGGACGUAUGGUCAAUCUAAACAGCUAAUCUAAGUACAAGAGGAGGCAACCUAAAGUGACCCUGAGACAUUUUUUUCAAACUGUGCAAAAUGAGGAAAAGGAAAUGAUGUCAUAAUUUCACGCUGCACCACCUGCCAUCCACCUGCUGGGUCAGUGUGUGCUGUACGGAGACUCACAGAGGACAAGUUUGUGCCUCAGCUGCUCUCAGCUGUCCCUGGCUUUCUGUGUCCGUCACCACGGCGACAGGCGCUCACACUCGCUCUGUAGAGCUCCAUUCAUCCAGAGGGAAACAUCACCUGUUUACUCCAGCCGGCUGUCAGCUCUCGUUUAUGUAAGACGGAAUAUUCAUAUAAAAAAAUAAAGCUGAUCAGUUUGAGUUUACAGAGCUGAGUUUAGAUCAUUCAGAGACUUCUGUUUGCUCAGGUGCUCUCUCCUCACCUGGAUGUCUCCUCAGAUAUGUCCGAGGUGAAGCGGACAUAAAUCAAGAGUACCCCUGUGAUGACGGGGAGUGAUGGAGGCGGCGUGCAUGUGCUUGUGAAGGUUUGAAUUAAUCAUGACAGGAAUGAGUCCUCUGCAUAUUUUUGAGCUGACAUGCAGAUGUUUUUCAGGGCUGGAGCUCCAGUCUGCAGAGAGAGUAGUCGAACUGGAAUGUGGCUUACACACACACACACACACACACACACACACACACACACACACACACACACACACACACACACACACAGAAAGGUCUGCUCUUCAUUACCUGUUCAGACACUGACUGUUCCUGGCAUGUCAGCGCUGACUUAUGUGAUAGUUUGCAAAAAAUGGUCAAAAUAGAAACUCAAAUAAAACGCCUGCUGUCUGCCUUUGCUCUGAUUUUAAACUGUUUUUUCUGCCGUCUAAAAAAACACAUUUUUUUAUUUUUAAAUGAUCGAAAGCAUAUUUGCCUUAAAGCUCCCAUAAGGAGUUUUUUUCAUUAUUUUUUUGGUGUUUGUGAAAUGGACUGAAAUACAUUUUGGUGCCUUUUCAUCAAUGUGUUUAAUUAAACAGCAAAAGGAAAAACUCUGUCAUUGAAAUAUUCAGUUUCAAAAGUUUUACUUUAAGAUCUUCUAUAGAGGACGAGGUGAGCACAGACUGGUUUGUCCACAGGGGGUGAAAUAUCCCAUUACAAAUUUCAUUUAUCCGACAAGUUCAAGAGGGGUCUGACUGCAGGCUUCCACUGAGAGGACCUGAGGUGACAGUUUUUCUCACGCACUUCAGUUUGUUUUUGGUCAAAUGGUCAUCCCAUUUUGUUUUUCCUCUUUGUUUAUCACAAAAAAAAUUAUAUCAACAUUUUAUACAUAAAAUAAAGCUCCAAGAAAUAAAGUAUAUCCACACACGACGAAAAAAAUAGACAUACUUUUUGAUCUAAUCGCUUUAGUUUGAAAGGCUUUGAAUCAACUUCCAACACACACAAAAAAAAAACAUACUCUUGAUAUAUUUGCUUUUAUUUUGAAAGGCUUCAAAUCAACUUCCAACAUAAAAAAUACGUAAUCUCGUUAUACUUGCUUUUAAUUUGAAAGGCUUCGACCAACUUCCUUUGUAAAAAGAAAAAAACAUACUCUUGGUUUAUUUGCUUUAAAAAGGCUUCAACGUAAAAAAAAGGAACGUAUUCCUGGUACGUUUGCUCUUAUUUUGAAAGGCUUCCAAUCUAUUUCCAUUGUGAGAAGAAAAAAAAAGUACCCCUGGUGUAUUUUCUUUUAUUUUGAAAGGCUCUAUGUAGUAGGUCCUGACAGUGGAGGUCUGCAGCCAGACUGUCUUGUCAAGUUCUGACAUAAAUCAGAGUAAAAUGUGGUUUCUAAGUCAAACUGCUCUGGCUGUUAAAGGAUUCGGGUUAAAGUCAUGAUGAGUUUCCUCUGAGCUGAGUUUUUAUGAUUUCUGUCACAGUUUCUUCACUUCUUCAUCUUCUUCUCAAACUUAUAAUUCAAGGGUACAUAACAGUGAAAGUCAACAAUCAGACUUUGAAUGAUCGCGUAUUUGUGUGAGUCAUCAUGAACUGUUUAAUAAAAUCCACAUUGAAGGAGGACCUUUGUUUAGACCGGUGUGGAGGUUUAGUCGUCAGGGAGCAGGUGCAGCUAAAAUCCUGAGUAAGAGCGGUUAGUAAACAGAAUUACUGGGACAUGAAUAAAUCCAUGCACGAGUGUGGAGAAGCAUUUUUAUAGUUUGUGAGACAUAAACAGUAAAUUUUAUAACUGUUUGAGAUUUUGGCUCCUGCAUGCAGACACAGUUAAUUCUAUCCAGGUCCAGGUCCAGGUCCAGGUCCUCUGAGUGUUUUCUAACUUCUCCUCCUGCUCUUCUCCUCUCUUCCAGUCACGUCGUCGCAGAGCUGCAAACAUCUACAGAAGGAGAAAGAGGAGGUGCGUGCCAGCCUGGAGGAGGCCCUGAAGAGGCUGGAGGAGCAGCACAAGGAGGAGCUGGUGCAGCUGGAGGACAGGUGAGACGCUCAUGGACACCUUUACCUCUUUACGGCUCCGUUUCAUAAAUACAUAACCGAUAACACUGAUUCAUCUUCUCUUUGUGUCAGACUGAGGAGCUUUUACCAAACAGAGUGGGAUAAAGUCCACCAGACGUACCAGGAGGAGGCUGAUAAAUGCCGCCUGUUGAUGGAGCAGCAGGUGCGAGCACACACACACAAACACACACACGCCAUCUCAGUUGCUCUGUUUUGAGUUCACUCUUACAGGUUUGUGCCUGUUAGCCUCAUAAAAAAUGUUCCUCAGUCUUGCGUCGCCCGUAAAAUCCGGUUUUAUUUUGAAAUCGUUACACAACAGGUGACGAAGACGGCGCUCUCUCAACCCGAUGAGACUUUUAUUUGAUGGUUUGACAGGCUGAUUUGUAAUUACUGUCUAGCUGGAAGCAGUUUGAGGUGCUGCCAGCGUGUGUUUGAAAAGUCUGAGGCUGUGUUUACAAUAAAACACGGUCACAGGAGGAUAUUUUCUGUGAGAACUCGCACAUGUAGGAGAAAUCUGAAAGUUCCUCUCAGGAGCUUUAAAUAUAAAACAACUCAAAAACAUCUCCUCUCUGCGUAAUCUGAAGAUUUAAUCCAGAUGACCUGAAACUCAGAUUAAAACCCAGAGAGAAGGAUUGUCAUGACGCCAUGUUUCCUUUUCAUUUCAUCGCGUAGGUGGAGGAGCUGAGGAGCCGACAGGAAGCAGAGAGGAAGAACCAGGAAGCGAGUCACAGCCAGAAAAUCGAGUCUCUCAAACUGGAGUAUGAGGCGUCUGUAGAAGGUGAGUUUUCGACAAAAACAAACCUGUAACUGCUCAUUUUUUAAAGGUAUAUUUUACUUAUUAUGUCACUUAAAAAGAGGAAAUCUUAAAUGUUGUUUGAAAAGUUUGAACCUCUUUCUUGUUAUCUGUACUUUUAGUUGAAUCCAGAAUAUUAGAUGUCAACAGUUUUUGUUUCAGAGAAAAUAUCUCAUUUUUGGACUAUUAUUUUGUCUCUUUUUAAUUUUUGUAAUUUUAUAAAUUUUCUAUUUUAAUAUAUUUCCAUCCAGUUAUUUAUUGAUCAGUCCUUCGUGUCGUGUUUAUGAUUUGUAAUGACUUUCAGUAUUUUCAUUAUUUUUUUUAUGCUUUACAUAAGAACCAGUUUAGCAAUAAUUUAAUUUUAAAAAGCCUGACAUACAGAUUUAUCUUGGUGAUUAUUAUAUCUUUGAUUAUUUCUCUUAUUUAGAUGAAUUUGUUCAUUUUGUUGUUGCCAUAAUCAAAUUUAAUUCUCUAUUUCUUGAGUUAAAUACAAUAAAAAGUUUGAUAUGUUGAUGUUUUAAUUGACUGUCUUUGAUUCUGGAGUUUUUUUUAAUCUGUUUAGAGCUGAAGAGGAUCCAGCAGACAGACCUGGAGAAUCUGCAGAAAACUCUGCAGGAGACUGAAGAGUCUCUCUCUGUAAGAAACUUUGAUUUAUUAACCCUGAGUGAAAUGACACGUACUGGUUUUGUGUUCAUGUUACAGAUCUAUAAAUCUGGGAAGCUUUUGCUGUAAAAUUCAUCGAAACUUCAGCUUCUUAAAUGUCGUUCUUGUGGAGAAAUGAAUCAGCUUGGUAACGAAAAAAAUUUGAUUCUUUAAAUCCCUGAAUUUGCUGCCUGACCUAAUCUUCAGUUUAUUAUGUGUUUGUGUGUUACCUGUGCUCUCUGUAUUUGCUUGGAGAAAUGUAAGUUUUCUGUUCCUAAACUUUUGUGCCCCUGGUAAUGUCUCCUGUUUGUGUCCCCGCAGGAGAAAGUUUCCAAGCUGUCAGCUGAGAACGAGGCUCUGAUCGAGAAGCUGAGAGCCGAGGAGGAGAGGAGGAAAAACAUACUCAGUGACAAAAACCUGGUAAACACUGUUUUAUUUUUAUUUUUUUCUCAGACACACGAAGAGAAAUUUGUUUUAAAAAAAAGAAAGCUGAAAUGUUGAGAUUAACAGACAAACCAAACGAGUGAAAUUCCUCCCUCAAGCGAAGAUAAUUCCCACCACAGAUUGAAAACUGUUAGUCAAAGCGGGGAUUAAGCGGGGUCAUCAGACCAGUUUUUUCUCUCUCUGUAAUCGUAAAUUUCACAACACGUUUCUCAAGAUAAACCAGCAGAAAUGCAGCAUUCCUGCAUUUGACAUGACGAGGUUCAGCGAGGAAACAGAUUUUAGGUCUUCUCAAGCACUCGUGUCGCAGUGCGGUGGGGUGUUUUAUUCCAGUGUGAGGUGCCCUGCUCUUAUCUUUGUGUGUCUGUGUGUGUGUUUGUUUGCUCUCCAGAAGGACUCACACACGCUGUACCUGGAGCAGGAGCUGGAGAGUCUGAAGGUGGUGCUGGAAAUCAAGAACAACCAGCUGCACCAGAAGGAGAAGAAGCUGAUGGAGAUGGAGAAACUGGUGAGCAUCAAUCUGUGGUGAAUCUGAAAACUGGUCCAGAAACAGAAAUAAGACUUUGAUAUGAAAAUGAAGCUCAUUUUAUAACAAUGAAAACCAGCGUGUAACACAAUCAUUAAAUAAAAGUGAAGAGUGGAAUGAAAUGUCGACAGAGAAUGAGGAGCAGACUACAGUCGACUAUCAUUUAUGAAUUUAUAGCACUAAAAUCAAAGUGUGUGUGUCACAGGUGGACUCGAACGUGAAGCUGGAGGAGUGUUUGAACAAAGUCCAGCAGGAGAACGAGGACUACAAGGCCAGGAUGGACAAACACGCAGCGCUCUCUAAGUACGUACUCCUGCUGCUGCUGCUGCUGCUGCUGCUGCUGCUGUGUUUGUGUUUUUACCUCUCCUCUGUUUUUUCUCCACAAUUGCAGCACUCUGUUUUGGGUCUUGAUCAGUUGAAACAAAAGCCUUAAGUUCCAGAAUUUAAUCUAAAAGUGGAAAAAUGACAUGCAGACUUUCCAGGGACUGUAGUUUUUCUCCUCUAAAGAGUUUUUCAAAGGGUUGAAUCAGAAUAAUUACCCAGAUUUGGACAUCAACUUCUUUUCUCUUUUCAGGAUCAGAUAAUCCAACACUUUGGUAAACUGAGUUUCAACUAAAAAUAGCAUUAGAUGAACCUUAUUCACAUUCACAUACAGAUAUGUUUGAUAUGGACACUCUGAGAGGGGUUUUGUACAUCAAACUUUGUCCACAGGGGGGCGGCAAAAUCCACGAACAGACAGAUUUUGACCGCUGUUUUUUUUUUUAAAUCAUUGUUUAUUUAUUUUUAUCAAUUGAAUGAAAUCAUAAUAAUCGUAAUAUUCAAUUGAAUUAGAGACACUGAUAAAUCAGAUUUUUAAAAGUGCUUCAGUUUGGUUUAAAAAAAUAAAAAACACCUGAUAUAUAAACUCAGUGUUUCCUCAGCACUAAAAUUUACUUCAUUUUUUUACUGUCACACAUUUAUAGUAAAUAGUUCAAAUCAGAUCAGUUCAGAUCAGAUGUUUGAUGUUUGUGCAGAUUCAGCUCACUGUCUGUGGACUUCAGACUGUGUCAGAGGGACCAAAAGGUGGAUCAGUCAUGUGAUCGAGUGGUUUUAUCUCACACCUGACCUCACCUGUUACUCGUAAUCCUGAAGAAAGAACACAGUGUGUGUGUGUGUGUGUGUGUGUGUGUGUGUGUGUGUGUGUGUGUGUGUGUGUGUGUGAGAGAGAGACUUUAGACGUUACAACAUAUCAGGCAAAUACUUAAAACCAACAUGAACCUUUUUCAUACUUUUAUAGUGCUAUUUAAUCUCACAAAAAUAAACUUUUAAUUAGAAAAGAAACUCUGAAAACACACAACAACUGCCUCAGUUCAACUUUAAAACUUUGCUGCACAGGGACAGUGUUACCGAAGCAGAACUCAUCAAUUAAAUGAAAUACUGAAAGUUCAAGUCAGAGAAAGAUAUCAUAAAAUCAAAAGACAAAAAAAUAUACCAUUAUAAAAAGUUAGAAAUAUUUCAUAUUUAUAUACUAGUACUAUUUUCACAAAUAUAUUGAAAUCAUCAACAGGGCGCUCUACAUGAUGGUCAAAGACAAAUUCUCCUCACAUACUCUCACAAGUUUGUCUGAUACCAAUAUCAACAAUAACAUAUACUUACGGUAACUGUUAGAAACUCAUCCUCGUAGCAAAGAUUGCUUUGUCCACAGGGGGGCGCCAAAGUUAACCUUAACUUUCUCGCCUGGGUUGGAAAGAUUAAAAUGAUCGAGGACAUAAUAAAGUACAAAAAUGCAUUCACUGAAAGGGUUAAAGUCAGUAUCAGACUCUGCGCACCCUCCCUCCCUGCAGCCCUCUCACUGCUCUCUGUCUCCCCCUGCAGGCAGCUGUCCACAGAGCAGGCCAUCCUCCAGCAGACGCUGCAGAAGGAGUCCAAGGUCAACAAGCGUCUGUCCAUGGAGAACGAGGAGCUCCUGUGGAAGCUGCACAACGGAGACCUGCUGGCCAGCCCCAGCCGCCGCCUCUCACCCACCUCGCCCUUCGGAUCGCCCCGAAACUCCGCCUCCUUUCCCACAGCUGCACCCAUAUCCCCGAGAUAACACCCCCAUAACGACAGACAGCGACCUGUCUCUCUCUCUCUCUCCAUGUGCUGAAGGGAGGCUUCAGUCGCAGCACUGACGUUGCUGAACUUGUACAUUUGCAUUAAAUCGUAUUAAAGACUCUUAUUUUGAAAGAGCAAAGACAUUGCAGUGGCACCGAUGCACUUAAGAGGGAGCGUGGGACUGGCCUUGCCCUCUAUUACGCCUGUUCUCUGACAGACUUUUCUUCCUUUUCUGAAGAAAACCUAAACAUCAGGCACACCUCAGGGUCUGUACAUAUCGCCUCUCUCUCUCUCUCUCUCUCUCUCUCUCUCUCUCUCUCUCUCUCUCUCUCUCUCUCUCUCUCUCUCUCUCUCUCUCUCUCUCUCUCUCUCUCUCUCGUUUUGACUAUCCUGAAACCUUUUCUUCCCUUUUUUUUGUGGUGAAAUCCUUUUUUCUCACAGCCUCUUUUUUUUAAAAGUCACAGGGUGGGAAAAACCUUGGAGAUUUGCGGCGUUUUGGUGGGAGCAGACUCUGAGUUGUUUGGGUUUGGCGAAUCACAAAGACGGGUACUUCUCGGUGGAUUAGCAUGGAUUCUUUUGCCUUUUUUCCUUCUUUUAAAGAGGACGUUUUUUUUCCCCCCCUCCUCCCAAAGAGCGAGGCUCAAUCACAGAUCUGCUUCGGACCUUUCGGACGAAGCGGACGGACGUUACGCUCAUUUGAGGAACUCACCUGAAUUACUGACAUGAACCUUUGAUCGAGUGGAUGUCUGUUCCUCCUGUGAGCUCCUCACAACCUCUACCUUAAUCUACUUUGUGGAAUGUAAUCACCCUUGGAUGUUAAAUCUGAGCUGGCCAGUGCAGACACACACACCUCCUCAGAGCAAAAUAUGCAGUUUAUCGAAGUGUUGAACCUUUCCUCCUCCCGUCUCUCAUGAAAUAAAGAGAUAUCACCCCUUUUCUCCCCAUCCUCUGAAAUCACCUCGUGCCCAAAGAGAGUCAAGGCAAAGCUGAACCAUCGACUGAGCAGAGAUGAUCCGUCUUUGCUUUGGGUUGCAUAUAAAACCACCAGUGAUCAUCUCCUCUAACCGACAGACUGGUUUUACUGAAUCCAAAAAGAAACUUUGUGUGUGUGUGUGUGUGUCUGGUGUUUGUCCUGAAAAACCUCAGAUGUACCCGGAUUGCCUCAGUGUACCAUGUUCUGCUUUAUUUUGGACACAGAAUAAAAAACAGUAUGAAAUAAA